AUGGGAAGCGGCGGCCGCGGCGGCGAGGGCGGCGGCGGCGGCGGGCAUGGGGAGCAGCUGAGCACGGCCAGCGCCCCGCGGGAGUCAGCCGCCGCCACAGCCAGCGCCCCCGGGCCGCCUCUCUCGGCCGCGGGGAGCGGGAGGGCAGCGGCGCCCCGUCCAGAGGGCGACCCGGGGCCGCCGCCUCCUGCUGAACCGCUGGGCCGGGAGGCGGAGGACGGUAGCGCCGUCGCUCGCCCGGAGGAGGGCUCCGGCUCGGAAGCGGGAAGCAGCCCCAGCCGCCGGCUUCCUCUGAGGCCCGUCUACUGCACCGUCUACUGCGUGGAGAGCGACCGGCGGCCCAGCGCCCCGCCGGCGUCUCCGCGCCCAGGAGGGGACCCUGGCCCCGGCCUCUCGCCGCCGCCGCCGCCGCCGCCUUCUCUGCCCGGAGGAGGAGGAGGAGGAAAGGGCGGCGGGGACGGCAGCCUCGAGGUGGACUUGUACCUGCUGCCCGAGCCGUUCUCCGGGCUCAUCUCCGGGGACUUCGGGCCCUUGCUGGUGCUGACUUGCCGCGUGUGUCUGGAGGAGAAGCCCCUCAAGCCCUUGCCCUGCUGCAAGAAGCCCGUCUGCGAGGAGUGCCUCAAGUUCUAUCUCAGCUCGCAAGUAAGCAUGGCGCGCUCCCACCUCGCCCGCUUUCUGCCGUGGCUCUGCCUUUCCCCCCUCAGCUCCUUUCGCCUGCAGGCCUGCGGUCUUCCCGCCUUGCUCCAAGGAUACUAGGUCAACGCCACUGUUCUCCUGCCGUUGCAACUUCCAAGGUUAUGCCCUAGUCUGGCCUCUCCCCACCUCAGAUCAGAAGCGAGUGAGCUCAGCUCUAGAACAGCUGUUAGGGCUCUGAACAUGUGCAGAGUGCCUUUCCUAAGCCUUGCCUGCUUGCCAUUCCCCACACUCCUCUGGGGUGGGGGGUGGGGGUACAAGGCCGCCAAGAAGCAAGUUGCCACUUCCAGGAUUGUGUGAAUGGCUUUUCCCAUGGAGGCUGCAAUGCUUAACCCCACACUCGCCCAGGAACCCAGCCCUCAUGAGUAGGUCUCAUGAGUAGACAUGGCUAAGAUGGUGCUGUAAAUCACUCUUGUGAUUUGUUGUUGGCGGUGGGGGGUAAAUCUUCUGCUCCUUUCCCAUAUGUCAGUGUUUGGCCUGUUCAGUUGUGAGGACAAACCCAUCUCCAUUUCCCUGUAAGGAGGAAAAAGCCAUCCACUGUGCAGGUUUGUUCCCUUCACCCACCCCAGGAGAUACAAACACAAUAGCCUGGCCUCAGAUCCUAAUGUCUCCUUUGUGGGGGAGUGUGUUGAUUUAAUAUCAGCUGAUUCCUUAUCGCUGAGGAAGGUCAUAUGGACCAUUGAAGGCAGUACAAAGACUAGAUAAUGCAUCUGUUAUUCAGGAGGUUAACUGCCUUCUGUCUAUUGCGACUUUACUCACUGCUAUAGGAAAUCUUAGCUGGCGUUUGUGUUUUUGUACAUGUACACAAGCUCAGUACAUAUUUCCAUGCCAGAGCUGCUGCUUGCAUUUCUGUUUCUGCAAAAAACCAAUACAAGAAGACAUGGAUUACCAUACUGAUCAUUAAGGGGGGGGGGGAUUAAAAAUCACAGUAGGGUAAUACCUUACUAAGAUCAACUGCAAUUCUAUAAAGUAAUGAGAUGUAUUUCAAAAAGAACAGCUGUUUCCAAUAUGCUGUUGAUCAUUUUUAUGUUAGUCAUACAGAAUGUUUAAUGAAUGGAGUGAAUUUGGAGUCUUCAUCUUGUCUAUACUGAUAAACCACCAAUGUGGUGUGGUGUGUGUGGUUAGAGUGUUUUCGUAAUUUUCAGUGGGUCUUCUCUGACUAGAAUAGAAUUAGUUGAGCAGCAUCCAUAGGAAAUUCCCAUGCUCAGUUCUAGGGCUAAAUUAUUUCUGUUUGAACCCCACCCCUUUGAGCUUGAUCUUGUGAUUUUUCAGCUUCAUAACAAAUUCAGGUCUUUCAAGACUGUCGGAAUGUGGACUUGCUGAUAGUGUCUACUGAUAUGUGCACUUCCUCAUUGUGUUGUAUAAAAUUUCCCAGUCCUUGCAGGGAUUUCACCCUGUCUAAGUGUCACAGAGGCAAAGGUAAAACUUAGAGAGGCCUGUACAGCUUUGAGAGACUUGUGUCACUUUUCCAAGUAUUUAAUCAGAAGGAAGGAGUACUUUUAUCUAAAAAAAUCCAACUCUGCAUCUGUCUUCCUGUUUAAAAUGACAGGUUCUCAACAGAUUUGUUAAAUGUGUUGCUGCAACUUCUUAGUGGUAUUUCUGACUGAUGACAGCAAAACAAAAGGCGCAAGUGAUCACAUACCUAUAUAAGCAAGCUGGUUAUUUAAUUGUAAGGUACUGGUAUUUAAUUUGUUCAAGUUGUAUGUCAUAAGCAAUAAUAGUGCCGAGUAUGUUGCAAUUUCAGAAGUACUUCAUAUUUGAUCUUUCAGUAAUCCUGGCCUGCAAUGAUGAUGUGUUAGAUCAGUGUUGCACUGCACACCACUUGCAACUUUGAGUGUUCCAUGCUUUAUUUGUCCAAGAGAGGGCACAGUAUAAAUAGUCUGUUCUCUGGGUAUUUGUGGCAAUUUUUAGAGGAAGCAUCAAGGUGAGGGAGGAAGAGUCUGCAUACAUGGCUAGGAAGCUGAUUCUAUCUUUCAAAGCCCAUCUUCAAGAAACCAUCAAAUGAAAGAAAGAGUAGGAAGUGCUCUCCCAGGCUCUCUGGAGCAUCACUUUUCUUGUUCCCACAUCCCUCCAUGUGUUGGGAGCUGAACCUCUGAAGUGGGGAGCCUUUUCUACACCUGAAGAGGGUUUAAGCAACUUGUCCAAAGGAACUUAUUUGAAGGGGAAAGUAGUGUUGUUGUUUUUUAAAAACACACACCCCACAAACCUGUUUUUUUCUUCCACAAAGUUUCACAUCUGUACCUGUACAUGGUGCCAGGGAGGAUAGGCAGUGAUGUUUUAGUUAAAUUUAAAUUUAGCAGUAUAGACCCAGGGCCCAGCAAAACUCUUUCUGCUGUUAUAAGACUUUUCCAGAAUUGAAAGUUCUGAAUCUUCAACUUUAUGCCUCUGUCUAAAAUGGGUGUAAUUAUUUUUUUUACCUGAUCCACAGUUCAUUUCUUCCAAAUAACCAAAAUGGAAAACCAAAAUACCUCUUUGUUUCGAUUCCUUGUUUAAUUGUGGACAGGUCGUUUCCCCUUCCCACCUUUACUGAGGAAGGAGGAACUUAACUGAACAGAAUGGGAACUUCUCCUUGAUUUCUGUUUUUCACUGCUUUAGAAACAUUUUCUUUUCAGAAGGUCUGGUAGAAGUCGGCAUCAGUGUGUGUGCAUGAAACAAAAUGCUGAUUAGAGCCAAACAUCUUUUUCCCAGUGUAAGGCUCAAAGUGAGUAAGGAAUCCUUUAUAGCCCAAGGACCACAUACUCUAAUGGGAAACCUUCCAUGGACCACAUACCAGUGGCAGGUGGGGUCAGAGGCAAAGGUGGGCAUAGAUUUGAUGAUUUCCUUUGUACCGGAGGCCACAUUUCAGCCAUGCAAAAGAUGAGAGUCUCUGCAUGCACACACACAUCUCCAUCCAGACAAGCUAGAGGUCACAGUUCAUGGACAUGUGUCAGGCAGGCAGAAGCUCUUGAGACACAGAGCAGUCCUGGUAAAGAAGUGUGGCCUGGAAAUAGAUGUGGUCUAGUGAGAAUCCCAAGAGCCAGAUAGAAAGGCCUAACAGACCACAUUUGUUCCCUCAUCCCAAGGUUCUUCACCACUGCUCUAAUGAAUCAGUUUGCAUCUCAUUCCCCAGAUGCAUGGAAAUGAACUGAAUGGUAUUUCAGAUGUUUGACCUGCUGGAGAACUUAUGUACUGUACUCUGUGGACUGGUGCUGGCAAGCAGGACUGAUGUAUGGAGGUCAAAGUGACCCACAUCAGCACAGAAUCUUUUGCACAGCUAAGUCCAUAGGUCCAAGUCUUGCAAAGACGUGAGCAAAUAUUUAGCUGAGAAUAUGCUGUGCAUCUAAAUGAAGGCAGGGGCGGGGGUAGUUGGUUGGAAAGGUGAGUAUUUGUUAAGAGCACCUGCUUCACUUUUCAUAAACCCUAUUUCGGUUAGUGUUAUUCCAUAGAAUAUGGCAUGUGCUUUGUGUGGCUGGUGAAAAACAGGAGUAAUAUCACUUUACGAAAUGAGAUGAGCUUGCAGGAAUGAAGCAACUGAGUGCCCUUUCGAUUCAUACCAAAAGCACAGAAUUGUGGCAGCUUCACUACACAACCAUGUGCUCACUAAGCAGAAUCGCUUGGUGAGGAAGCAGGGAAAAUAUUCUGCAUGAUAUCAUUCUAUAAGUGUCAUACUUGAAAACAUGUGUUGGUCAUGUGCUGGCUUGAAGCAGGUGGUAGGAAAAGACUGGUUGUUCAGGCCAGGAAUGGCAAAGGGAUUGUUUUUACAGUGCUAGUAAAGGACUAGUACAUUCUGGGGCCUUGAAAAUUAGAAACUGUUCAUUUGUUUACUGUAGAGCUUGGCACAUCAUCACCAAGAUAUAAAGUUUGAAUAAGGAUAAAUGCCUGGUAUUCCUCAUGGAGGGAGCAUACCUGGAUUCACUCUAGCCCUUUUUGGAUGUUCUGUAGCUUCAUUUAGUAAACACACAAGGGGGAAGUGAGAUAAGCAUGCUAGCUCCACCUAUUUGUUCUUGUCACCUUCCAACUCCCUGAGGCUGUCUGAAGUUGGGAGCCUUAUGUACUCAGGCAGGCUCUCUGUAUAUUUUAGAACCUUAGAAAUUCAGGACUCUGAGUACAGGAGGCUCCCAGCUUCAGGCUGUCACCAUUAAACGCAUAGAAUCAGGGCCAGCUCUACCAUGAGUCAGAGUGAGGCAACCACCUCGGGUGGCAAAUGCAGAAGAGCAAGGAGUGGACAGAGAUGGGUGUGCCAUAUGAUCUGCUCUGCACCCCACAAUUGCAGCCUUUGAGUGCAGUGGAGGUCUCACCGCCAGUGUCAAAGUAAGAUUUGCCAACCAAUCUGGUCAGCUUUCAUUUGCAAAAUAGGGGAGUACAGUAUUGUCCUUCCCCUGAGGCAGCAAAAUGUAUUUGGUGGGCCCUGCAUGAGGGCCCAUGAAAUGUUGAUGAGGUAGAUGGAACUAGCAUGCUCAUCCCCACUGCCUGCCAUUGUCUGGUCACCACACACAGUUACAGCAUGCCUCAGAGAGGGGGCUUGUGUGCCAGCCCCUUCCUUUACAUUCUGCCUCUCAGGCCUAAAUAGCUUGCAUAAAGUUAACACAUGAGUUCAAGAUCCAAAUCAGGAGUGACAUUUACAGCAAUUUGAAAUGGCAAGGUAAUGUUUAAGGGACAGGGAGAGAGCGGUUGCACAAUAAAAAGUGGAUCCGAGUACUAUGGUAAAUUGUUUCAAACCAAAUUUUAAUUGACUGUUAAGGUCAUUUAAAAGUUGCUUUUAAAAUUCCUUUUUAGGGAUUUUUUUUAAUGUUUGAUGUUUUAUUGUGUUUUCAAUAUUCUGCUGGGAGUUGCCCAGAGUGGGUGGGGUAUAAAUAAAUAAAUAAAUAAAUAUUAUUAUUAUAAGUUAAAUGUCUUUUAAUUUCGUGUUGAGAUUUAAAAACAACCAGCCACAUAGGUAUUUGUGCCUAAUGCUUUAUUUUAUAUAAAUGGUGUUAUUUAUACCAAGGUUAUUCUUUAGUAUGGACUACUGAGAUAGAAUAGGUGCAUUUUUAGUCACUUAUAAGGCUUCACAGUUGCUUGAAAAACAGUCAUGUUUGUGCCACUCAAGUUCAGCACUGGAAGAAAGAAGGGAAGCUUCUGGCAGGACUGAAAAACGUAGUUGUAAGCUUAUUGAAUCAAGAUCACAAAUGCAGUUAUUAAGACUAGAAACUUCAUGGAUGUAUGUAUAGAAUGAAUUGAUGGGCAAACAAACAGGAUUUCUGUGUUCUCUUUAGUUUCAUAUCCCAGAACUACCCUCGCUCUCUGUAGUUUGAACACAAGCAGGAAUUUGUGAGUUGGUCCUUGGGCCAUCAGAACACUACCUAACCCAGGGGUAGGCAACCUAAGGCCCGGGGGCCGGAUGCGGCCCAAUCGCCUUCUCAAUCCGGCCUGUGGACAGUCCAGGAAUCAGCGUGUUUUUACAUGAGUAGAAUGUGUCCUUUUAUUUAAAAUGCAUCUCUGGGUUAUUUGUGGAGCAUAGCAAUUCGUUCAUCCCCCCCCCCCACACACACACUGGCCCACCACAUGGUCUGAGGGAUGGUGGACCGGCCCACAGCUGAAAAAGGUUGCUGACCCCUGGCCUAAUCAGUGCAUGGUUAGUAGCUCCCUUCAGAUGGAUGCUGAUCACACAGUGACUGGGGAGUGUGGCUGGUGCAGGCAGCAGCAAUGCGGGAGUGGGACUUGCCUAUGUAUUACUGAUUGCCCCUUUCCACAUUCAGACUGAAUGCCUGAGGGAAGCUGCUUUCGCUCUAAAAUAGACACAAUUUAUUUUGACGAUGCAUAUUCUUCAGUAUCCUUUAUCAUGAUGUUCUGCAGUGCUAGCACAAGUGUAAAUAUUUACACUGCAAAACUUUAUAUACCACAGCGCUGCACAUUAUUUUUAUUAUUAUUUAUAUAAUGCCAUCAGUAUGCAGCACAAGCUUUGCAGACUAAGAGACGGAUCCCUUCUUGAGGAGCUUACAAUCCAAAAUAGAUACAAAGAUUAUCAAGAUAUUGUUUUAGAGGUCUUUUUGUUUGAGUAAGUGGUAUAUAAAUGUUGUUAAAUGAAUAAAAAUAAAGACCCAGUCUUUAAUGCAAGUUUAUUCGUGCAUUAACAUAACCUGAAAUUGUUUUAGGUCCCUGGUUGAUAAAGAAAUAUAUGAUACAUUGUUUUUUCAUAGAAUAGAAUAAUAGAAUUGUAAAGUUGGAAGCAACCCUGAGGAUUAUCUAGUCCAACCUCCUGCCAUGCAGGAAUUUCAACCAAAUCAUACAUGACAGGUGGCCAGCCAACCUUUGCUUAAAAACAGCCAAGGAAGGACAGUUCACCACUUCUCAAGGGAGUCUGUUCCAUUGUCAAAGUUCUUACUGAUGCUUAGUUGGAAUCUGCCUUCUUGUAACUUGAAGCCAUUGGUUCAGGUUCUAGCCUCCGGAGUAGGAGAAAACAGGUUUGAUCCACCUUUCAUGUGACAGCCCUUUAGACAUUUGAAGAUGGUUAUCAUUUUUCCUCUCAGUCUCCGCUGUACCAGACGAAACAUACCCAACUCCUUCAACUGUUCCUCAUAAGACUUGGUUUCCAGAUCCUUUAUAAUCUUGGUCACCCUCCUCUGAAUGCAUUCCAGUUUGUCAAUAUCCUAAUACAGUGGUACCUCGGGUUACAUACGCUUCAGGUUACAUACAGUUCAUGUUACAGACUCCACUAACCCAGAGAUAGUGCUUCAGGUUAAGAACUUUGCUUCAGGAUAAGAACAGAAAUCGUGCUCUGGCGGCGCGGCAGCAGCAGGAGGCCCCAUUAGCUAAAGUGGUGCUUCAGGUUAAGGACAGUUUCAGGUUAAGAACGGACCUCCGGAAUGAAUUAAGUACUUAACCCGAGGUACCACUGUAUCUUAAAUUGUGGUACCCAGAACUGGACAUGGUACUGCGGGUGUGGUCUGACCAAUGCAGAAUAGAGUGGUACUUUUACUUCCCUUGAUUGGGACACUAUACUUUUGUUGCUGAAACAUAGAAUAGCAUUAGCUUUUUCUGCUGCUGCAUCACAGUGUGGACUCAGGUUAAGCUUGUGUUCCUUUACCACAUUAUUUCCUAUCUUGGGCUGUGCUUUCCUCCUUGCAUCAUUUAUUCUGUUAUCAGCCGGUUGGGCACUGCUUUCCUUUUGGGUGAAAACACAGGCAAAGUAGGUGUUGAACAGUUCUGCCUUCUCUCUGUCCUCAAUAACAUUUCUCCAUGCAAGGGACCCACUACUUGCUUCUUCUUCCUCUUGCUUCGAACAUAGCCAAAGAACCCUUUUUCAUUGUUUAUAACCUCUCUUGGAAGCCUGAGUUCAUUCUGAGCUUUGGCUCACCUGACCUUCUCCCUGCAACUGUUGGCUACUCAUGUAUACUUUUUCUUCAUGAUUUUUGCUGCCUUCCAUUUCAUAACGGAAAGUAAGCUCCCUAUGCAGCCUCACUAGUUUUCUUUCGAUGCCUCCCACUUUCCUUUUUCUCCCCCCUCCCAUAUCUGUCCAAAGAUAUACAAAAAGCUCUUACCCAAUACAAAAUACCUUUUUAUAAUACACCAGAAAUACCCUGCUCCCCGCAAAAUAUCUAUUUUUAUUGAUAUGUGUGCAUGGCUCUUGGGCUGUAGACUUUGCUCCCGGUGGUGGCAUAUAGUGUUGGCAGAGGCUAGGGCUUAAUGUUUGGGCUCCUCUUUCGGGCUGCCUUUUCCCAGUGCCAAGUUGCUCCUCUACUUCCUCCCUCUGUCUCUCUUCCUCAAGAGAGCUGAGUUGGCUGUGCUGGAUGGAAUUUUGUUGGAUUGGAUUGUUUUUAUAGCAUAUAGGAUAGUUUUUGAAUUCCUGUUUUAUAUUGACAGUAUCCUCUGCCUUGCUGUGAUUUUAAUGAGAGGCAGUAGAUCAACAUUUGAAAUAAAUAGUCUGCAGGGAGGAAUUCAAUGUAGUGCUAAGCAGAUUGUUCCAUCAGUGCAAGCAUUUCAGCUUGCCAGACAUUCAGUCUCCCCUCUCCGCACCCCCUGCCACAUGAGCUGUUCUGGGGUUCCCCCAACACACAUCAGAGCCAAUUUGGGGACUCCCAGAAGGAAAGGAGGGGGAGAAAAAAAACCUGUUGUAUUAGGGGGAAGCCUUGCAUUGUCUUCCACUAUUGCGACUUGCUAGUUGAAUCUGGCCAUAUUUGUUGACAUACUAAAAUGCUACUAGACGAUACUUGAUUCAUGGUGCAGAGAGAGACAGGCAGCAUCAUAGAGAAAAUUCAUAGGAAAAACAGACAUGGGCUGAGGAUAGAGGCACACGUCUUCAUCAAGUACAGCUGGGCAUGAUUCUGAGCACUGAGCAAAUAACAAGCUGAGUCACUGCUUCAGCAGAGCCUCUUUAGCCAGACCUGUUUUCCCACCCGCAUGCACAUUGGGCUCAGUAGGUGGGAGAGAACAUGCCCAGCAGCUAAUUAGUGGAAGGCUUUUGCCGGUUUCAUCUGCAGAUAAGAAGCUUUGCUACUGUGCCAUCUUGCUGCUUUUAGCUUCCUGUCCCCUAUCAAAACUAGAACCCCAUAGGUAACAUGACUGAAUUGACUCUGGUUUGACCACCUUGUGUGUUUCAUUGAUGUAAUGCUGCUCUGUGACAUAGCAUGGUAUUUUACUAUUAUCUCCAAUUGCUUCCAUAUUGAAACUUGUGGCACCCCAAGGCUAGACAAAGGACAUGUUAGAGUUUAUUACACUAGGGCUGUCUAAUAAUUGAUACAGUUAUUACCCCACACUUCUUUAAGGAGUUCAUGGCUGAGUGAAUUUGAACCUGGGCCUUCCCUGUGCACUCCAGCCACUACACUAAACCAGCUCUUAUUAAUUAUACCAUCUAGUUUAUAAUUAAUUACAUAAACAUGCAUAAUGCAGCAGCAACAACAUAAAGUGUUUUUAAAGGAUCUUGUAGAACAGGAAAAGUUUCUCAGGCAUCAGAAUUCAAAAGUACAUGUGCAAAUUAAUUGAAACAAAGCAUGUUUUCUAUCUUACUCGUAAUCCUGUACUCAAAACAAACACGAAAAGUCAGUUGAUCAUUAUGGUGUCGGAAGCCUGCAGCCAAUAGAAGGAAUGAUGCACUCGCCACAAUAUAUUGAGGUUCUAUGAAAGAGAGUUAUUCCAGAGCUGGAAAAGAGGUAUCCUGGCGGUACAGGGAUAUUGCAGCAGGACCUAGCCCCCUGUCACACAUUGAAAGUGGUGAAGAAAUUCAUGACAGAGCAGCAAAUAAAGGUACUUGAUUGGCCAGGGAAUUCCCUGGACAUAAAUUCCAUUGAGAAUUUGUGAGCUGUAUGCAAAAGUCACCUCUCUGCUGUAGACUGUACAGCUAUGGAGAAGCUCAUUCAGGCACUGAUUCAAGUGUGGUACAGGGAUCCGAAAAUCAACAGUGACUGUUCGAAACUAGUAGACGCCAUGCCAAACUGUGUUCAAAUACUGCUUAAAAAUAGCGGAGGUCAUAUCUGUUACUAAUGUACGUGUAUGUGAGUUUUGUACAUGUAUGUGUGAGCUUUGUACAAUAAACUACAUUGUUUGUUUCAAUUAAUUUGCACAAGGGGGGGAGGAAAAAGCUCAAGUGUGCUGUUGCCUUCUGCUAAGAGUGGUUCUAACAGUGAUAUUUCCACUCAAAAACUGUCCAAAACCUUUUCCUUGCAGAAGCAUCUGAAUCUUUUUACUAUGCAUGUGUGCAUUUUCCUGGGGGCCACUAGCACUGAGUAUGAAUGCUACACAUUUGAGUGUGUGGAGACAUGCAGUGGGCUGACUCUGUACUUGGCUAUGCUUGGAGUAGAUGCGCUGAAAUCAGUGGAGCUUUAGUCAGUCAAGUCCCAUUGAUUUUCGUGGGUCUGUUCUAAGAAUAAUUAAGGUCUUGAUCCAACCCAGUAAGAAAUAUUUGGAUUCUAAAUAUCUUUUUAAUAGGUUUCCUGUUAAAUAGGUUGCCUGGUUUUCACAUGAUCCAGGUCUUGCUUUAAUACCUUGAAAUCUCAGUGCUAGUUUUCUAAGGAAAACUAAAACUUGGUAGCAGUAUUACACUGACAGAUUUUUCCUUUAUAAAAUUGCAUGAAUUGUUUUUGAUUAUUUUUUUGAAGUUUGUGGCUGAGAAGAUAAUUGCUGUAAUGUAAACUAAUAACAUCAGAGCUACCAGACUUUCUAUAGACACCCAGACAGAUGCAGUAAUUGCAGGAGACAAUUUAGAUGCCAUCCCCGAGAACUUCAGACAUUGCUUCAUUUUGACAGUGGAUGUGUAGUGCAGAUUGUGCAAUUGCUGAGGUCUCGUGGGUCAGGAAAUGAAUGCAUGUGGCAUCCUGCUUGCCUCCAAAACCUCAUGUUCUCUAUUCCUCACAAUGGGAAGUCCGUCCCCCGCCACUUUAAUAUAAGAAGAGAAAAACCCAAAACUCAAAACUAAACCUUCAUGAAAGGCACAGUUUGAUAGCAAGCCUCAUGAUACCAUAGGAAAGUCUUCUUAAACUACAUUUGUGUUCAUGAAGAUUAUGCAAGUGAAUUCCAUGUCAGUUAUACGUCAUGUGAAGUACGGUAAUUCCUACUCCCCAUCUCAUUCUCAUUGUAUGAGGAAUCUGAUGUAAGGUUUUUCUUACAGAUUGACUGAUGACCACAAGGAAGUUGUUAGUAAACUGAACCAAUUGUGUUUUAGCUGUGGUUGAAAGUGGAGCUGGGAGAUACUUUAGUACAGGGUUGGGGAACCUGUGGCCUUCCAGAUUUUGCUGGUCUGUAACUCAUUGUCCCUGACCAUUGGCCAUGCUAGCUGAGUACCAGAAGUUGCCCACCCCUGAUUUAAUAUCUGCCUAUCCUCUGAUGUGGGUGGCGCUGUGGGUUAAACCACAGAGCCUAGGACAAUCAGAAGGUUGGCGGUUCGAAUCCCCGCGACGGGGUGAGCUCCCGUUGCUCGGUCCCUGCUCCUGCCAACUUAGCAGUUCGAAAGCAUGUCAAAGUGCAAGUAGAUAAAUAGGUACUGUUCCGGUGGGAAGGUAAACGGUGUUUCCGUGCGCUGCUCUGGUUCGCCAGAAGCGGCUUAGUCAUGCUGGCCACAUGACCCGGAAGCUGUACGCCAGCUCCCUCGGCCAAUAAAGCGAGAUGAGUGUCGCAACCCCCGACUGGACCUAAUGGUCAGGGGUCCCUUUAACUUUAUUAUCCUCUGUGUACAUUCACCCCUUCCAGCCGAUAUGGCUGGCCUGCUUCUCUUCCUCCGUGCCUUUGCAGGAUGUGAUAUAGUAUCUUUCAUCUCAGGCAGGCGUUGGAAAGGAAAACUGUGUGGAGGACACAGAUAUUAUUUUAAGACAACAGCUUUCCUUUCCUGGAUGGUACAGCAUUCCAACAAUUCCAUCAACAGAAUGUUUUGUAAUGUCCAUAUGUGUCAUCCUUCUAGUGGCCUAGGAAAUGUCAAUGAACACAGACAAAUCCUAUUUACCAGAACACCCAAACCGCAGGAAACAUUUCUCCAACAUCAGAUACAUUGUUUUGGCGUUCAGAAAGAACUGUUUUCCAGUUGAACAUCUGGAGGAAUUGCUUGCUUGCCCAGGAAUCUUCAGGUCUAGAAUCCAUGUGACUGGGGAUGGAAAACAAAUAAUCUUAUCAGCCUCUCCAGACAAAACUUCUGUAUGUCAUCUCAACUUGUCAAGAAUUAUUUGCCUCUGUGUAUACGAACAGAUGCCUAAAAUAUCAUUGUGUAAAGAGUGCACUUAGCAAUAUGGUUUUAUGUGCCUAUGGAGUACAUUGCUUUUCCAAUAGCAAAAAAAAUGAACAUUGUAUCUGGUCUGUAUAUUCUGUUUCCUCCCUGACACCUCUUAUUUUUUACACGUUCUUGGGCAAUUACUUAAACCAAAUAAGGCAUAAGUGCUGUUUUGGAAGUGUGUGGGGUUUUUUGUUUGUUUUUAAUCCAGGCUCACAGCUUGGGACUUUACUGGAUUCAGGAUUGUUUUUCCAGAGCUCAGUCUAGUGCACUAAAUUCACUGGCUCCUGUAGAGAGUAGAUCAGGAUACUAUUUCAUAUGCCUUAGUUACAUCCAGGUGGUAUUUGCAAUGUGUACUUUUCAAGGAUUGCUAUUAACAGAAAUCUAACUUGCUGGGGUUUUCCUGCUACAUACACAACCAAUUCUCAGAAAAUUUUAAUGUGGAGUUUGAUGACCGAAAUAGCACAAGGAUGUAUCCUGGAAUAGUAUUGCAUUAUCUUGUCUGCUUUCAUACUGUUAGCAGCCCUGUUCAUUUCAGAACUAGGGAGCAAGGUUACCUUAGAAACUCUCCAGGAAGGAAGGUACUGUGUAGUGAGAAGGGGUUUUGACAAGUAUGAGGAUUUAGGUGGCAUCAUAGAAUUGUAGAUUUGGAAGGGACCCUGAGGGUCAUCUCAUCCAACUCCCAGCAAUGCAGGAAUCUCAACAGGUGGCCAUGAAUAUGGGUUUCUUUCCCUUGGUGAUGGUAAUCCUACCCCACUAGAGAGAACUCCUUCCACAGAAAAAGGUGUCUGAUUUCCCUAUGAAAGUGGUUUGAUGAAAGGAGUUCACCCCCCCCCCUUUCCCUUUUGGUGAAGGGCAAUAGCUCAGUGGUAUAGCAUAGCCACUUCCGGCCUGCCCAGGAGGUGGGGUUGCGGGCUUCACGCCCACCCCCACUUGAGCGGGGGCUGGUUUCAGCCCCCGCGAGAGCAGGGGAAUCCCGCCGUGUCUUCCCCCCCAGCCAGCCAAUCGACUGGCUGGGGUGUGUGGCCUGCCCUAUUUAGGGCCGGCGCAGAGGGGGCUCGCCCUCUUUUCGCCGACUAGCCCCCACGUUUUCCCACCCUCCCUCCCUUUGGGUAGGCUCUAGGUAGGUCUCUGACUUUGCUAUGGACUUUGGUCUGUCGCCACAAGAGGCAUGGUAGGAAUUUUUCCCAAUUGGCAAUUUACAGCCAUUUGGUUUUUUGCCUACCUCGUAGCAACUCGUCACAACUCCUCGGCAUUGGCAGUUAGGCAUUGGUAAGAAGGGGUUAAGAGGAUGUGUGUGGGGGGAGGAACGCCAUCACCUCCCCCCAGUGAACGAAGGGUGGUCCGAUAAAGGACUCCGGGGGGCGUGGCCCUGUCCGAAGCCUAUGGAGGUGUGGGCCAAAGGCACGCCCCCGAGCGGUGACCCCGGGGAGCUCCUAGUUGACGUGCCUCAGCAGGAGACUCCCCCUCUAUGGUGUUAACCCUUCCCGUGUCUCCAGCAAAUGGGCUGGAGCCGGAUAGUCGAUAGGACCAAUGCCUAAGCCAAUGCCUCUCAUUCCUGAAUUAAAUAAAGUUGUGCCCUAAUUCGCCCAUUUAACCUUAAAUUUGGUGUCUUGUGUCUUUAUUUAUCCUGGUGGGGGGCGGGAACUCGCCACGCAACUGCUUUGCAUUCAGCAGGUUCCAGGUUCAAUCCCUGUCAUCUCUGGGUAGGACUGGGAGACAACCCAUCCCAAAAUCCUGGUGAGCCACUACCAGUCUAUGUUGGAAAUACUGAUCUAGAUGGGCCAAUAGCCUGACUCUGUAAAAGUUAGCAUCCUGUGCUUCUAUCUUUUCAAUUUUUCCUGGUAGCAGUCUUCCACAUACAGCUACACAUUAAGGGUCUCUCUCUCUAUAUAUAUAUUCUAUCUUCAUAUAUAUAUAUUCUUUCUUUUAAAAGAGUUUAUUAUGCUGACAAAUCAAGAAAAGCUAAAAGCUAUAAUAAAAACCAUCAUAUUAGCUUGUUGUUAACAACAGUAGCAACUAGUGACAGCAAUAACAAAAACCUCAAAAGCUUUCAGUCAAACAAAGUGCUCAGCCAGAGGCCUUCUUAACUAACCAAAGAAGUAGCCAACUCAAUCACACUUAGAGUGAAUAUCAGCUGGUAGAACAAUAGAUAGGCACCACAACAGAAAAACUGGUAGAGCUCCUCUGACCACGAGGGUCAAGGUACUGUCUUUGCUUAAUACUCACUUCACCUUCUGCCAUAUGAUUUCAUUUUAGCUAGGGGAAAAACCUGCGGUGUAAAUAGUAUUUACACUUAAUUUAUGGUUGUGCCCAUCUACUACACAUUAAUGUUAAAUCAUCCUAAGCUAUUAUGCUAUUUUCCCGUGUUGUUCUCCCCCGCUGUCGUCUGCUUUCUUUCCUUAGCAUGUUAGUCUUCCAACAUCUCCAUAAAGACUCCCCAGAUAUAACCAGAGUUCCAUGUUACAGAUGUUAUUCUUUUGUGUUGGAAUAUUUUGGCUAAAUCUUGUCAAUUUAUUAGCUAGACAUCUGUUAAAGUGCAAUUGCAGUCUAGCUGAAAAAGGACCUACAGUGACUGUCUAAUUCAAAGAUAAUGUCUGGUGUUAUAAUAGAAAAUAAGCUACUUUUAAAUUUCAUGAAGUUCUGAGACUAUGACAGUUGUAGGUGCUAACAAAGUACCAUGCAGUUUGGUGUAUUGGUACACUGUUAAAUUUAGAAACACUUCUGGGGCAUUAUGUGACUGCUGCCUUAAAUAAGCUGUUUCGUGAUUUUCAUGUUGGUCUUGCUCUCCAUGUUUGAGAGAGGUUGGGUGCUAGUUCCCACUGGCACUGAGUCCCAUAUUCAAGGAUUUGUGUUCAAAAUCACUGGCUUUGAGUAUAAAAAAAUAACAGGAGCAAACUAUUUCAGGAUUGAAGUUAGUCAUUUAUAUGGGCAGGAUAGCAACUCCUAGGCAACUGGCUUACUAAGCCCAACACUCAAGGUGUACAGUGAUACACAGGGGAGUGUUUUGUGCAUUAGUUAUAGUUAGAUAUCUAUAUAGAGCUUGAAACUUGGGGAGGGGGGCUGGAUCCUCAUUUGCAGCAGUGGGGAACCUCUGGCCCACAGCCUAAUUAUGUUUACCUUUGUUCUGCUUGCUCAUUUUACCCAACCCUGCUCACCUGUUCAUCCAUAUGAUGUCAGGCAUGAGACAGGAAAAGCUUCAAAUUGCACUGAAUUCAAGCCAUAGCUGAAAAAGAAUGUUUGCAGCUUGAAUUUGGCAUGGUUUUGUAUUUGGUUGUCUUAUUGUGUCCCACUAGCUGUUGGUUCUUUUCCAAAGUUACUGACUGACUGUAUAGUUGGAUUAUAGGUGGAAAGAACUUGGAAGUCCUGGGAAGCAAAUGUUGUUGUGGAAAUGUGUCAUCAAAAUGGAAAGACGACUGAAAGGGAAAUUGCAGUCCUAGCAAGAGGGACUGUUACCUGUGUUAAGCAUUGGCUGUAGAAGACAAUUUCCCUUGGCAUAAACAUUUAGGAUUUAAAUAUUGUGCUUGCCAAGCAGCCUGCAGUUGCUUAAAGUGGUUGGAUGAAUGCUUGCUUUUUGGGGAAUUCCCAACCAUACAGGUGCUAAAGCUGUAAGUGUUUAAUUUUAGAUACACAUUUCAGAAAUUAAAUUCCUGUGCUUACACAACUUGUAUAUGAACAGCUUUUGCGUAAGAUGCUUGUACCUUCAUGCACAUUGUGCCUUCAUUCUACUACAGUUAGAGUAAAGGUUGUAGAAAGGUUGGAAGAUUAGCCUUAUUUCACAAACCUUGAAUUCCUGGAUUUACUUUAGAUUUGCAACUUCGUUCAGUGUAACUGCAGCAUAACAAGCAGUAUCAGGGGUGUAUCUUUGAUGUUCUGAUGCAGUACAGAAUCACAGAUGUGCUGCUAAGAGGCAUUAUAGACUAUGGAAAUUACUAUUACUGAUUGUGCCAAAUGAGAAAUGCUUAGCUGCUGGAUCCACCACACAGCACCAAAAAAAAGAAAAUUGGAUCAAACUCUAGAUUUCAUAUACUUUGAAGCUGUGUAUGAUUAAGAAUUAAUUAAUUUUUAGGGAGCUAAAAAGUUCAUUCUGAGAUCAUUUAAGAUAAAGCACUUGAACUACAGAGAGGCUUCCUUCUCUUGGAUCUUAAUCAGCUGAUAACCUAAAAGGUGUUUCUGAAAAUGUGCUGUUAUAGGUUGAAAAGGCUGGUAUGCAUUGAUGAGAGAACAUUUGCUCUGAACCAGUAUUAACUUAAAAUCCCUUGAAAACAGAUGAAUUAUAAGAACAUCAGUUUCUUUCUUCAAAAUAAAAAUAGUUUGUUAUUUGGGCUUUCAUAUUUCCUGUAAAAGUUAAAAAUGAAGUGAUUUCACAACUGCCAUGCUAUAUUCAUGCUAUAUUCAUGUAAAGCCAUGCUAUAUUUAUUUUUGUUAUAUAUUUACAAGUUAAGUACUGGAACUUGGUGUGGAAUUGGGUGUCCAGUUAUUAUUUGUGUGUCCACACAUGUUUGAUCACAGCUCUUGUGUUUAUUUGCAGGUGCAGGUGGGGCAAGCAGACAUCCAAUGUCCCAUAACAGAGUGUAGUGAACACCUGGAUGAAACAACUGUCCUCUACAACUUGCCACAUGAUGACAUCAUCAAAUAUAAGUACUUCCUGGAACUUGGCCGUAUUGGCUCGAGCACCAAGCCAUGCCCUCAAUGCAAGCACUUUACAACCUUCAGGAGGAGAGGCCACAUUCCAACCCCUACCAAAAUGGAGAACAAGUACAAAGUGAGCAUGCUCACCAAAGCUAUGGAUUAGAUGGCACAGCUGUGAGCUGCAAAAGUAGGCCAGGAUAUGGUGGGCAUUAAAUGGGCUUUCUUCUCUUACUGGAACCUAAUGUAAGAUGUGCUUUUAGAAUACAAAUCUAUAGUUUCAUACCCCUUACUAGCUAAUUAAUGUCAGCUUUCCUGAGUAGCUGGCCAGUUAACCUAUUAGUUCCUUUCUUUAUUGUACCGCGUUGUUGUUUAUUUUGAAUUAACCAUGCUGCCUGAAAUAUUUCACGAAGUCUGGCAGUUCCUACAUUCCACCAAGCAUUAGGUGAAUACCACCAUACUUUUCAGUAAGUAUUAAGUUGCAUGUAUCCAUGGUUGAACUUUCUGUAGGUUUUUGCUAUGCCGUUUGAUAACUGCAGUGGAAGCUAACUUAGAAAUUCUUAAGGCCAAGCACUUGUUGAUUGACUCUUUAUUAUGGGCCACCUUCUCUUAUGUGCCCUGGUUCUCAGUAAUUAAAUAGGAGUACUGAAAUAAGCCUGUAUUGAGGGGCCCUGUCUGUGUAAAUACAGUGUUCAAGACUUGUAAAACUGUUUUGUAGACUGACCAAAAGUCUGUUGUAUUGGUUGAGAUCCAAUGUCAUGCCAAUGAACACAAGCGGUCUCACCCUUCAUCUACUUCUUGUUGUAGUUCCCAAGGCCCCCAUUUUUUCCAGAGGGUUCCUCACGCCUUCAGAGAAAAUUUGUGGGGCACAGGAAAGAUAAGCCCCAUUCGUGUAAGUGCAAGUCUACUGCGUAGGUUCCACAAUGGAAUAUUACCUAUUAUUACUGUUUACGUAGCUAGUCUUUAUUCCCAUCCUUCUCCUGUUAAUAUCUAGACAUUGGUGUAGAACAGGGAUUCUCAAACGUGGAAUCUACACACAUAUUAAAAAUGUUAUGAUUGUAAUAUAAUAAAAUAAAAUAUAUAAGAAAUUAAAGAAGCAAUUAAAAACCAUACUGCAUCUACCAAAGUGUAUUACAAUGGCUACAACAGGUAGAAAAAAUAGUCAGUGGUCCACAAAGACCCUCAGCCAUUUUCAAGUGGUCUGUAAGGAGGAAAGUUUGGGAACCACUGGUGUAGAAUCUUGGGCAAGGAUAAUAUUUGCAUAAAUCCUGUUCAGAUUACUGGUAUGUAAGUGAGUUUUACAUGAACAAUGUGAGUAAAUGUUGCAGAAUGCUUGGCUUUGAAAGCAGUUGGUAAGAAAAUCUUUGUGGCACCAGUACCAUAAAGCUAAGAAGAAUACGUGUAAGCUCUUUGCCAAGGUUUUCCAAUUAUAUGGAAUGUUUUUCUUUGCAAGUAAAACCCUAGCAAAUGCUUUUAGCGGGUGGCGCUGUAGUCUAAACCACUGAGUCUCUUGGGCUUACUGAUUUAAAUACCUGUGACAGGGUGAGCUCCCGUUCCCUAGCAGUUUGAAAGCAUGCCAGUGCAAGUAGAUAAAUAGGUACUGCUGUGGCAGGAAGGUAAACGGUGUUUCCGUGUGCUCUGGCACUUGUCACAGUGUUCUGUCAUGCCAGAAGGGGUUUGGUCAUGUUGGCCACAUGACCCGGAAAGCUGUCUGUGGACAAACACCGGCUCCCUCGGCCUGAAAGCGAGAUGUGCGCUACAACCCCAUAGUCACUUAUGACUGAACUUAACUGUCCAGGGGUCCUUUACCUUUCUUUUUGUUGUUGUUGUUGUUGUUGUUAUUGUUGUUGUAUGGUGCUCAUACAAAACACUUUGUGUUCAUUAUUCAUUAAUGGAAGCUAAGUUGUUCUCCUUAUCAUUUGCAGAUAGGGAACUGAGGCUGCAAUAAGUCACCCAACAAAUUCAUGGCUGAGCAGAUUUGAGUGCUGCAUUUCCAUAUUGAUUUGGUGAAUGACAGUGAUUCUAUUCUAACUCCUUUUGAAUUUUCAUUCCUGGUCCCUUUUGCAAAUUACAUUCUGCUGCUUUACUUGUUCCAUUAAGUUAUGUCAAUGUAAGGAGCAGCAUAAUGCGAGAUUGGGGACUGGUGUAAUAAGAUUAAAGUACAUUAUAUAACUGGAUAGCUUAAACGUAAAUGCAUUCCAGUGUUUAUUGCUGCCAUCUUCCAUGGGUUGAAUCCAGAUUUGAUCAUGAUUAGAGCAGAGCCAUUGAUACCAAUGUGACUUAGUACUGUUUAACGUGUGUCCCAUUGAUUUUAACUCUGGUUGAUUUCAAUGGAAAACAUAACUAAGCCUGGAUCCAGCCCUUUCUUUACUUUUGAAUGGUUUAAACCAGAAACAAUGUGUGAGUCCUUCUUUCCAUUUAUUUAUUUGACUUACACUCCACCCUUUCAGGCACAGACUGGAGAUGGCAUACAUAAUCUUAAAAGUUAGAAUCUGCAAUCUGUACACACCUGCACAUAGAAUAAAUACAGUAGUACCUCGGGUUACAUAUGCUUCAGGUUACAUACGCUUCAGGUUACAGACAGGUUAUGAACCCUAGUUAACAGGACCAGUAGUCAAGGAUGAUGGGAUUUGUAGUCCAAAACAUCUGGAGGGCCGAAGGUUGGGGAUGCCUGGUCUGGAGCUUUCAGGUGUGACUGGCAGGAAACAUUGCCGCCCAACCUUGCAGGUUGUGUGUGGGUCUUGGGUUCAUAUCUCCUUGUGGAUAUUAAUGAAGUCAAUUGCUGUGUUAGAACUAUUUAUAGCUUUGAAAAUGAUAGGCCUAUCAUUUACAAAUAUUUGAUUGGGUGAUUGCCAGGGACUGGACUUCUAGUGAGAGACAGUACAGCUGUGGAAUUUUCUCCCCAGGGAGCUCUCUUGCUCUCUUUCCAUUUCUCAUGGGGGUGUUGCAUACAUUUUUUGACUCCUGAAGGCAUUUUAUGACAAUUUUGUGCCAUUUCAAAAGACUGCUUUUAAGGUUGCUGUGUUUUAUAAUUGUUUUAUGUUCUGUCUAUCUUUGUGCUUUAUUACUGUAAUUUAUUAUCUGGAGAUUGCUGUGCAAAUUGAAAAGGGGGAUCUGAGUAAAGUAAUUAAAUAUAAAGUAGCAGGUCUUCCCUCAAACCUGGAGAGUUAAUUAAAUUUAGGAACUUGGAAGUGUGCCAAAGGUUUGUGUGCUUUCUCCUCCCCCUCCCAGCUUACAGUUCCCUUCUCUAUAUCCUGACUUUCUCUAGCCACAGAUUGUCAUGACAUACACAUUUACAAGCUAGAGUUUGCCAAUUUGGACAUUAUGACGAACUGUGUUUUAAGAAAACUAGGAAGUAGAGAACAGAACACUCAAACAAAAGUGGAAGAGAGAGCACAUUGAGCCACAUUAUGUACCUGAGCCUUGAAACCAUCUUUCAGAGGAUUGUUUUAUGAAGUCUGAACUAUGCAACUGUCUUUAGGUAGGAUAUAUGUUAUGGUUUUCUUUUUCCUUAUAUAUAAAUAGAAUUGUAACAUUAAAUAAUGUAUGCAUUAUCUGUACCCUUUGGGAGACAGUGGAGGUGCUGUGUCAGAAUCCAGAUAAUGCUUUUUCAAAUUGCUCUCCGUCCACAAUCAGAAUUUCAUGCUUUUUGUGACUCCCAUGUCCUCUGGUAAGCUGUGAUGAGUUGUGAUGAGAAAGUUAGAAUAAAUGUCUGCUGUAGUAAGAUCACUGUUCAUCUUUAUUUCUAAAAUAAGAUUCAGAAGUUGUAAAUGUCCUGGCUUGCUUUUGAUCCAUUUUUGCCUUGGAGAAUUCCCUGUAUUUACUAUGGUGAGCAUUUUUCUUAGUCAUAACUCAAGUGAAACCCCCUUUGUCCCAUAGUACAUGAGAGCUGCUGGUAGCAACUAGAAGACAAAAAGUCCCCAGACAGCAGGAAUGUAGGACAUGUGCCCAUCAUCCCUGGCCAUUGGUCAUGCUGGAGGGCUACAUGUACCCUUUACCUGCCAUAUAUAAAACCAGCAGAACAACAGUGGGAGUCUAAACAACAAUCGCCUUCCAUAUUUUAUUAUACUGCACAAACUAAAAAUGGACUUGUAUUGCAGGAAUUUCUUGUAUAGGCAUAUUUGGGGGGGGGUGUAUUCCAUUUCUGCCCAGCCCAGAAGUUUGUUUCAUUUUCAUUUCUCAUUUGUAUUCUAUAUUUGUACAUUUCUGCCUUUUUGCAACCUAUAGCACGAAGGCAGGUGACAGAUGAAGUGAAGGCUUGGUGUGCUUGCAUGCUUUUAGAAAUAGAACACCAACGAUGCCUACUGAAGUAUCCAGCAGACAGGCUCUGUUAUGAACUCUGUGGGAUUCUCUUUCGUCAGAGGAAAAGUCAAUAUAGAAGGGCAGGGAGAACUUUCUCAUUGUACUUGGUAGAUGCUGAACAAUGGAAGCUCGGAUUCCUUCUUUUCUUGAAGCCUGCCACUGAAUUACUGUAGGAAGUAUAUCCUGUAGAUGAGAAAUGAAAAAUUUAUCUGCUUCUCAUUAGCUACAGAGGCUCAAAUAAAUAAUAUUAGUGGGAAGGAGAUGUAUGGAAUCAGAUAUAUUCAGUACUUUUAUAAUAUUUAUUAGAGGUUGGCAAAUCAUUUUUAGUCAUCCAAAUAAUCUUAUUUAUUUAUUUAUUCAUUCAUUCAUUCAUUCAUUCAUUCUGUUUGGGAAGUGUAUAAACUAUUUGCUAUAAAAAAAAAAGUUCUCCUAGUGGUAUACAGUUAUAAUUAAAAGUAGACUAAAAUGCACAAAUUUGUUAAAAACAAAUAUGCAUAAAUAUAAUUUGAAAACAUACACAAACAUCAGUAAAACAUUUGCAACAAACGUAACUAAAUCAUGUGUCUUGAUAAGUCCACUCAAACAGAAACAGUGUCUAAAACAGUGUUGUAAAGGUGCCUCACCUGAUGUCAAUAGGCAAGGCGUUCCAGAGCCCAGGGGCUGCCACACUAAAGGAGCAAUUCCUUGCAAAUGUUCAGCAAACAUUGUGUAGCACCUAUAAGAAUGCAAGCUCCACAGAAUGUGGUGGUUGAAUAGGCACAUACAGGGUGAGGUAGUUCCAUAAGCAAACUGAUCCUAAGUCAUUAAGGAUUUUAUAUACCAAUAGUAUAUAAUAGGGACGCGCGUGGCGCUGUGGGUAAAACCUCAGUGCCUAGGACUUGCUGAUCGUAAGGUCGGCAGUUUGAAUCCCCGCAGUGGGGUGAGCUCCCGUCGUUUGGUCCCAGCUCCUGCCCACCUAGCAGUUCGAAACCACCCCUAAGUGCAAGUAGAUAAAUAGGUACCGCUUUAUAGCGGGAAGGUAAACGGCGUUUCCGUGUGCGGCACUGGUGCUGGCUCGCCAGUUGCAGCUUUGUCACGCUGGCCACGUGACCCGGAAGUGUCUUCGGACGGCGUCGGCUCCCGGCCUCUUGAGCGAGAUGAGCGCGCAACCCUAGAGUCGGUCACGACUGGCCCAGAUGGGCAGAGGUACCUUUACCUUCACCAUUAUACCAAUAGUAACAGCUUGUGCUUGGCCCUGUAAUGAAUCAGAAGCCAGUGCACAUUUUUGAGCACAGAGGUAAUUUGCCGACAGACUUCUGCUCCUAUUAGCAAUCACGUUGUAGCAUUCUGCACUACCUGGAGUAGAAUUCUGCACUACCCAAGUGCAAGGGAAGCCCCAGAUAAGAGUGUGUUGAAGUGAUUCAGUCUUCAGGUUACAAAUGCUUGGGAGUUCUGGGCUCAUGCUAUUCCAAUCCAGGAACAGUCACAGCUGUUGUAGCAGCCAGAGCCGGUGAAAGGUGAUCCUAGCUACCAAAAGCCACUUGGACCUUCAGUGACAAAGCUGGAUCCAGGAGCACCGCAGUAGUCAUAGCGGCUCUUUCAGAGGGAGCACAACCACGUCUACAGUAGCAAUCAUUCAGUUUCCCAGACAUGAGAACCACUCACCCACAGAGCCUUUGUUUUGACAAGAUUCAAGCUCAGUUCAUUUCCCCUCAUUUAGCCCAAUACUGCAUCCAGGCUCUAGUCCAGGAGGAGUACAGCUUCUCCCAAUUCAGAUAUUAUGGAGAAAUAGAGCUAAAUCUCAAUAGUGUCCCUUUCCCCAUUUUACAGCUUUUAAUGUGCAAUACAGUACCAUAUAGCACAGCAUGGGAAGGCCUCAUUCAGGUGGGAAAAAAUGUUCCUCCUGUCCUUCCGCUGCUCCUAAAACUCUUCUCUCCAUCCAUGAAGCCUCAACAGAACUACAAGGCUCCUGUUUCAGGAUGGAGCCUUGAAAAGGAUAUUUUUCCUCUCACGAGGUGGGGAGAAUCUGCAAUGUCUUGUUAUUGCCCUUAAUCUUAAAUUCAGAGCUUCAUGAUAAUGCCCAGUGUAAGGAAUGUUGAAAAUGCUGGCCUUCCCAAUAAGCAGCUGGGGAUUUUAGUUUAUUGUUGUUGUUUUUAAUGUGGCGCUGUUAGUUAAACACAGCUUCCAUCUUAAGUUUGUAUUAGGCCAGCUUUCCUGAGCUAAGUGCUUUAUAGUUGCCUUACUGUUGUUUAGAGACAUUUCAAAGAAAGUAAAAGGGAUAUAGCAGGAUUAUUGGGGGGAGGGCCUAAAUCAUCCAUAUUGGAAAAUUAGCAUGCAGUGCCCACACCCUAGUUUCCAAACCUUUUCUGCAGACUGGCCUGCCAAUAAGUUCAGUAACCAGCAAACUGUUUGAUAACAGUUGACGCCUCUUAUGCUGCAUUUCUCUGUGAAUGCACUGCUGGCAUUAGUGUGGCAUUCUUUGCCAGCCCCCAUUACUUAGUCAACUGACAUAGGUUAUUUUGGGAAAAUGCUUGUGCAAUCUGAACUGUGGCUUCCUAAUCACAUUUAUCGGGCAAUCUUCAAAACUGUUUUGUUGUUUUGUGCUCUUAUUUCUACAGAUACAGUGCCCAACCUGCCAAUUGGUGUGGUGUUUUAAGUGCCACUCUCCCUGGCAUGAAGGUGUCAACUGCAAAGAGUAUAAAAAGGGAGACAAGCUGUUACGUCACUGGGCCAAUGAAAUUGAACAUGGGCAAAGAAAUGCUCAGAAGUGUCCAAAGUGCAAGGUAAGAGAGCGCAUACUAAGUUACGUUUCUGUUUGGUGCACGAAUAUUCUGUGAAGCUUUCCAAACUGAGAUGCCUUAGUGAAAUUCAUGCACGUCAAGUUAAGUGUCAUCAGUUCUGUUAGAUUCAGAAUAACUUGAUCCCUGUCAUCUGCUGACAUUGCUGCUCUUUUACAAAAGUGCUUAUCUGUCACCCUAUUUAUGUUUGUGGUAGCUGAACUGCUGAGUUUCAGAGCGCUUAACAUUGCUGGUCUGCAGAAAAAUAAAGAACUCAAGCCUUUCAAUACAAGUUAAUGAAUGUGUUUGAUAUUUAUGGAAUGGCACUUUCACAAGAAGCAAGAUUCCGGAGAAUCCUGUUGCACCAUUCUGCACAAGGAACUAAUAGUGCAGAACUGGGGAAAAGGAACAAGUGAACAUGAUGCUGAUGCAGUUUAACCUGGCAGUGACUGAUCUGGAAAGGGAACCUGGGGAUGUGGUGGAUAGCUCAAUGAAAAUGUCAACCUGGUAUGAAGCUGUUAUUGGGAUUAUUAGGAAAGGAAUUAAAAAUAAAACUGCCAAUAUGUAUGUAUGUACAACAUAUGUAUUACAGUUCUGGUCACUGCACCAAAAGAAAAGAAAAGAAAAGAAAGAAUAUUUUUAAGCUGCAAAAGGUGCAGUAAAAGACAAGCAAAGUGAUCAAGGAACAGCUCUUCUUUUGAGAAAAGAUUACAUUGAGUGAGGCUUUUUAAGGGGUAGGCAUGUAAGUAAGGGGAGACAUGAUAGAGGUAUGUCACAUUACGCAGUGUGGAGAAAGGGUGAAAUCUCUCUCUUCUAUAUAACACUGGAGUGUUGUGAGUAGACUCUUAAAUCCCAUCUCUAACAUAAAACCUGGUCUAAUAUAUAAUGCCAAUAUGAAAUCAAAUUUUGUAUCUUUUUUCAUAGUAGCCUGUUCGAUAUAGCGCAGGUGUGAGAUUGACCUACAAUUGAGACAACACUUUAAAAAGUAACAUAAUAACAUUUAUUAUAGGAAUUAAUAUGUGUACAAAUGAGAUUAAUUUAAACAUCACAAUAUAAUGUGAGGUUACAAGUAUGAAUGUUAUUUCUGCCAUAAAGUUGAUAUUGUUACUAAGGAAUGCAGGAUUCACUUUUGUCAAAAUAAAUCCCUGCUUAAAUCCAGGGUCUAGUUAUCUCUGUCAUUUAAAAGUGUUGUUUUUUGGAUUGAAGUCUUCACACAGAUCCAGCCCUCACUUUUCUACUUAUUGACUUGAUGGAUUUUCAGCUGCAAUAAGGAUUUAUUUAUGGGCCAGGAACACCACUGGGGCUUUAGGUUGCCAGUUGCUUGCUUGCUUGCUGAAGUCUUUCACAUUCCUUAAGCACAAAACUUCUCAAACUGUCUAUCACCAGCUGCUGUCUUCUGUUACUUCCCCUUCAAGAGUUUCUUCAGGCUAUGAAUCUUCCUCUCAGGCUUAGCCUUUUCCCCCUCGACAUUUAUUCUUCCCUGCCUGCUCUCCCUGCAUUCUUUAGUUUGCGCUUCCUUUCUCAGGCUCUUUUCUGCCUGAUUUGAGCUCCAACGGACCCUCUUGAUAGAUCUUUUCCUGGUGUUUUGGUCUUCUUCUGGUCACAGAUACUCCCUUCUAUUGAGUAUGUUUUUAGAAUGACCCUCAAAUUACCAUUCUAAUGCUCCUGAUGAGUAUAAAUACCAAUUACUUCUAGUUCUGCUAACUGCCAAAUAUGCAUCUACCCUUAGCAAAUGUAACCAAGGCUAUUGUUAGGUGCCAGGCCUCCAUUUGCAGAGGUUUAAGCCAGGCCUGAUCAGAUACAGCUUUACCUCAUGUUUCAUUUCAGGCUGAAGUAUUUAAUCAUAGUACAACUCUUAAUUCUAAACAUCUAUCAUUUUACCUUAAGCAAUAAUAAAUAGUUAAUAGUGUUUUGUUUUUUCAAAACGGCUCAUCCAAUGAAGGUGAAUGAUAGGAUACACAAAAGGAAGUAUCAUAUUUUUUUGCUCUAUAAGACUCACUUUUUCCCUCCUAAAAAGUAAGGGGAAAUGUGUGUGCAUCUUAUGGAGCAAAUGCAGGCUGCGCAGCUAUCCCAGAAGCCAGAACAGCAAGAGGGAUUGCUGCUUUCACUGCACAGCGAUCCCUCUUCCUGUUCUGGCUUCUGAGAUUCAGAAUUUUUUUUUUCUUGUUUUCCUCCUCCAAAAACUAGGUGCGUCUUAUGGUCUGGUGCGUCUUAUAGAGCAACAGCUACAGAAUUAACUACCACAAGAUGUAGUGAUGUCCAACCAUUCAGGCCACUUUAAAAGAGGGCAAGACAAUAAAAAGGCUAUCAGUGGCUACUACUCAUGAUGGUUAUAUUGCCUCAGGUAUUGGAGGCAAUAUGUCUCUGUGUUCCAGUUGCUGGGGAGCACAGCCUGAAGUACACUUAGACCUGUGUCCUGUUGGUGGUUUUUCCAUAGGCAUCUAGCUGGCCAGUGUGGGAACCAAAUAUUGAACUAGCUAGGCCUUUAGUCUGAUCCAGCAGGGCUGCCCUUGUGUUACUAUGGGCUUCAGCCGAUGCUGAAUGGUUGUGACCGCAACCUUCAUCCCAAGCUUGGGGUUGGGGAAGGGUCAGGGAUCACUGCCAGUUUGAUUCCCACAUAUCUCUUCAGUUUUAAAGUUUGGAGAAAAGCUUAAUAUGCCUGCCAGAGGGGAAUGCUACACUUUUGACGGCAUGCAUGGUGUGUAAGAUUGAUAAAGCCUUUCUCUUAGUCAUUACUCUAAACCAGAUCUCAUUUACCUUUGACACAUUUCAGAUAAGAAUUUAUUUGACAGAUUGACAUUCAGGAUGUAACUGGUUUGGGGUUGGUUUUUGUUUGUUUCUCUUGGUGCUCGUGUUUUUAAGUAAUACAGAUUUCUUUUACCUCCUUGCCCUUACUUGGCUGAACUUUUCUAUAUAUAGGAGAAAGCAAAAAGACCAAAUUGGCUUGCCCCUUGAAGGUAUGGGGCAGGAUGAUAUCUAGAAGUUGUCUUGUGUAAGCCCUGUUGAAAUGAAUGGAAACUGCACAAGGGUGCUUGGAUGGAUUAUGCCUGUAGUAGAUAGAAAGGCUUUUUUGGUCCCUUGCAGUUCUGAUUCUGUGGUAGAUGAAGCUAUAUGAACAAUGUGGAAUACGCAUAGAAAGGAAUGACAGCUGCUGUGGACAAAUGCCAGCUUUUGUUUUAUGUUAAUGCUACAGCAUUAACUCUUCCUUUGUACUACGUGAUUCCUAUUAGACAGGUUGCAUAGCUCAGCAGUGGCAUUAUGGCAAAUGAUGUGACAUAACAGCUGAAACAGUAUUAUUGUAUUUCUCUAAAAGGAUAGCCUGCAAAGAUCUUGAAGUAUCUUUUUCGUAUCGGUGUUCACAAAUCUCUUUCAUGUGCUGAUGCCUGCGUGUUGUUUUUACAACUUUAUUUUUUCCUGCCACUUAGUAAAUAGUAAACUUGUGACAACUUACACAGAAAAGAAUAAUGGUUUACAGUGAGACAUUUUCCAGUUCAUUUCUCAUGUUUAAAAUCUUGUGGCAAAUAUCUGAUUAAGAGAGCUUGAUAGCAAGCCUGAGAAAAAUCUGCACUGAGGACUUUCAGAGUGCUAGUCAAUAAUGGUCAAUGGAAUUUUUGUUUGAUCACAGCUUUAUCUACUUUGCUGUCAAAUUCUCUUUGGAUGAGAUCUAACAUCAUGCCAGCAGAUGUAGUAGGAAUUCUCCCUUCAUCUCCUCUGCUCUGCAGCUCCCUGUUUGCCCCAGUCUUCUCCAGAGGACCCUCCAACCCUAAAGAGCAGGUGCAGAGGCUGCAUGGGAAAGAAAGCAGGAUCAUGCCCUAUUUCCGCAAGAGGAAUUGUGUUGCAUCUCAUUAACUAUGUUUCAAAACUAUUCUACUGAAACAAUUGUAUUAUUUUCAUGCUGAUAGAUCUACCACUCCACAUUUUUGUUUCUGGAUACUUUACAUAAAAAAAUAAAAUGAGUUAAUACUCAUACCACUCCCUCCAUAGCUUUGCAAAUGUGCUAGUAGUUUUAUUGCUGCACUUCUAGUUUGUUUUGAGGAAUUUGUGCAAAUCCCUGAAGCUAAGAGGUUUAUUAAAUUAAUGUUGUUAAAGUUAGGGUAGAUAAUUUUGAAAAGGAGGUGGCUAUGUGAAUAGUAUUUGGAGCAGCUAAUUGAGAGAAUAGAUUUACAUGUCUGUUUAAUCAAAUAAUAGCACUAAAAUGGAGAGCACCUGAUUGCUCUGCACUCUGAAGAAGCAAGCAAAGGAGUCAACAGCUGUUGAUAGUCACUUUGAAUGGAGUCCAGAAUCCCUCUGGAGGAAUGAGGAAUAUUUUAUAUAAUAACACUGUAAAUUGCAUUAAAUAAUUGAGCUUUAUGUGCAGUACAUGAAUUUAUAUCAGACUUGUACACUAAGGGUUAUAAAAUGCUAGGGUAGUGAGGAAUGGUGAAUAUUUCUACCAAUUGGUUCUGCUUGUUUUCACAAAACUGCAUUCUCACUCUACAAAAAGGAAGUAGGGUAUGUUUUGGAACACUUUGUUCUGAUAUGAAACUGACGUUUUGGAUUUGCAGCAUUGCUUUCAUGUACAUUCCUUGUGUUUACUGUGAGUAUGCAAAUCUUCAAGGCUAUUGUGAUUCCCAAAGAUGAGAGAUUAUAAAUCUCUGUUUGGGAACAGCUGUCCUAAAUUACUAUACCACUUCUAUUUACUUAGCUAACUACUUGCCUAGUGCUUGUAUAAUACCAAGGGAACAUAUUUUUUUAUUUGCAAGGCAACCUUGGUGCAGUUUUCCCCUCUCACAGGGCCUGGCUUCAUACUUCUGAAUUCUAGGAUAUAAAAUGGGAGGCAAAGGAAGUUCAGGAUGAUUUAUGGUAGACGAUUAUCUAGUUUGUGAAUACAAACUGUAAAUCUUGUCCUCAUUAUAUUAGCCUUGGCUGAUUUGCUUUUUACUGUUCAUUCCGCUCAUACAGUUCUGUGAAUCUCAAGUGCAAUUUUACCUUUUUAUUACCAAGAUGCUCUUCUACCAUAACACACACCAUGCAAAGCAGUGCAGGGGGCAAAACGAAUUCCGUGUCUGUUUUUAUGUGGUUUCUUCAUUUGAGAUCUGACAAAUAAGCAUCUUUACUACACCCUUCUGUUCAGUGGAUUGCUCAACUCUCCUUCAGAUUUUAAUACCAGAUUCUGACAAAGCACUUUUGAGAUCUUAAGAUUUUGUGGCUAUCCCGAGGGAACGAAGGAUCUGUUAACUUGAGCAGAAAGAGAUGGUUGUUAUGUUCCUGGAUCAGGCUGUUAAUUGUAUCAUCUAAACAGACUAUGGUUACUUGCUUCUUUGGAGUCAUGAUUUCUGGUUGCCAAUGAACUUUAUUAGGCCAGUGUGAAAAGCUGAGAUAAGUGGCAGCUACCUCCCCUUACUCAAAUUCCCAGCAAGUUCCUUAUUGUCCAAAUAUGUUCUUUCCAUGUGCACCUUUUAUCUCUUAGUAGCAAUUGGAGGUGGGCUGCAGAUAAUAUGCCUAAGCGUUGGAUUUGGCCUAGGAACUGACAGUUGCUCUCUUUAUGCUCCUAUCUUUUAAAUUUUUGGCAUAUUUUAAACUAUCUUUCCCCCACUUCUAUGUCAUGUCCAGCUCUUUCACAUCAAGGAGGGGGGGAAACAGUCCCCAAGUUUUCAUCUUAUUAGGCAAAUCGAAGCUUAUACAGGACACUCCCAAUUUACAUGGGGGUUACAUUUUAAGGCACCACACAUUUCAGUGAUAUAGCAUAUAUUUGAAACACAACUGAAAAAGCCUGCAAACACCCCAUUCCACCCCUGCCCCAUUCUGCCCCAUUUUGUGAUGUUUUUGGGUCACUUCUGAGUUUGGCGCUAUGUGCACUGUCACGAUCAUGCACAUAUCGGAUGUGACUAACGAUCGCUGCCUGUAGAAAUACUUGAGUGAUCUUCUGAUCUUCUGCCCUAAACCUCAGGCAGUUCUUCUGGGGCUUUUCUCUUAGAGUAACAAUUUUCUAAAUGGGCUAGAAAGUGCCUUUCAAACACAGGCCAGACCCAAACUUGCUUUUAAAUAAAUCAAGAUUAUAUUUGCAGCUUUAGUUUUCAUGUAUUCAGUCUUAUGCAUGGUGUGAUAUCUUUGGUGAAACUAUUGUGGAGGUGAGCCAGAUAUCAUAGUGACUCUUGGGGCUAAGAAAACAUCCAGAUGACAAAGAAUUGGUGGAAAGGAAAACUCAUUCUUAUAGUACCCUCUGCUUGCCAUUGUGACAGCACUACUCGUGCCCUAAUAAAUGGACUAUUUAUUAAUGCAUUAGCAACAGAACAAAUGCUUGCAGGUAGAGAGAAGGCAUGUCAUAUAUAAAUAGUAUUGGAUCACAGGGCAUAAGACAAGAAGUAUGCAGUAAGAGGGUUUUUUUAAAAAAAAAUUACAAUAAUGUGUUGCAAUAUUCUCAAACUUAUUCAGAGAAUUGUUUUUAAGUACUGGAUAACACUACAAUAAAAAUGCAGUAAUAUGAGCUGAAGAUGCAAUGAAAAAGAUUUUAAGAGAAAUUCUAUGGGCUUCUGUUGAUGCUGUUGAAUGAUGGAAUAGAAUUUUAAAGGCAGUAUAUAAUGUAUAAUGGAAAUGCAUUGAUGAAUGCAAAUGUACAUGGAUCUUAAAGUAGGUUCAUGAACAUGAAGGGAAUUAAAGCUGUAGAAUGCUACUCAUUUUCUGCUGCAAUCCUACACUUAUCAGAGAGUAGAUCCUACUGAACUUGAAGGGACUUAAUUUUUAACAGCAAUGCAAAAGACUGCAGUAUACAAACAAUGAAUUUGUAAAAUGUACCCUUAAUUCCUGCAGCCUCAAGCCAAUCUCAUCAAUUUCUUACUCAUAAUAUCUAACCCCCAGCAAAAUUCACACACAUUCCUCUCCUGUUGUCUCUGUCUGUCCUCGCAUCUCCUUUGUCUCCCAUUCUGUUCAAAUUUAGGGCAGAGAUCGUCUUUUUGUUGUUAUGUUGUAAAAUAAAUCAGUGGUGUUAUACAAAUAUAAACACGCAAGAUUACCUCUACUGAGCCAAUGGUCCAUCUUCAGCAGUCUUGUCUACUCUUACUGGCAGUGACUCUCCAAGGAAGUAGGCACAUGCUGUCAGAUCUGCUACCAGAUCUUCUUAACUGGAGCUGCUUUGGACUGAACCAGGCUCUCCAGUGAGCUCCAUCCCUCUCUUGAAAAAUGGUGCAGCAACCCCGUUCACUUGGGUAGGGUUUGUCUGGGAAAUAAUAGAACUGCUGAAGAAUCCCAACAACUCUUAAAUAAUGGAAGCAAACAUUAACAGUACCAAAAAUAGUCUCAGGUUAUUUAGUUUCUUUUAAAUUGUUGUAUUUGUUUGUGUAUUAAAAGCAGAUUACUCGAGCUUCUUAAAUGCCACUGUCACCGUUUCUGAAAAUCAGGCUGUUUUGCAAUUUGAAGAGGUUCUACUAAGUCCGUUAACGAUAAGACAAUAAACUUUUUUUCAGAGUUCCACCUUGUAUGAUUCUUUGUAAGACAAUUGAAUUGACUAAGAACCAACUUGUUUAAUUAUUUUUUUUAUAACCUUUUCUCUCUUUCUUUUUCUGUUUUGCCUGUAAAGAUCCAUAUCCAGAGAACAGAAGGGUGUGACCAUAUGACUUGCUCACAGUGUAACACUAAUUUCUGUUACCGCUGCGGGGAGAGAUACCGCCAACUCCGUUUCUUUGGAGACCAUACAUCAAACCUCAGUAUAUUUGGAUGCAAAUACCGCUACCUCCCCGAGCGACCACAUUUAAGGAGAUUAGUGAGAGGCUCUGUCUGUGGUGAGUGGAUGAUGACACUUUGCAAAGAAAUGCUUGAUGAACACAUAUGGCUAAACCAGCAAGAAAUCCUUUUUAAAAAAUAAACGUGUAACAAAUGAAGUCUAGUGAGUGGUGUAGAUUCUUGGGAUGAAAUUGAGUUGUUAGAGAAAACAAAAUAGAAAAAUAGAAAACAGUAUUGUGUAUUGUGGCAGACAGCAUGUGGAAUCUGUAACAGUGAAAAUUACAUACCAAAAUGUAUUUGUUGUUCACAAACUUCAUAAUUUUCUGUACCUAGAGCACACAGUCAAUUGUGUAACGAUGAUUUGUACUUUGUAUCUAGAAUUUGCUUCAAAGCCUCUUAGCUUAUAAUGGGAGCAAACGGGAGCAAACCAGGUGUCCGUUAUUAUUGAAGUAGACUAUUACAUUGAGUUGUCCUGCUUAUGUGUAGCAGGAGGUUUAACAAACUGAAGGACAUCAUCCUCUUUCUAUGCUCCUCCCGAUGGAAACAUGCAGAUGGGGACAGAUAUACCCCUGUUUUAAGUCGUUUACAGACUGUCUUCUCUUGUAUAUUACUUACUACAAAGCUCAAUGACUAAGCUCUUUAGUGACGAAACGUCUGAUUACCGGAAUGACGUCCAAGCACUGAACCACUGGUAUAGCACAAGUGGACUAUUUAUUACUGCAUUUGCAGCUGUUCAGAUAAAAUCUAUUUUGGAAAGAAGAAAUGAGCACUGAACCACUAAUAUAUUACAAGUGAACUCUUUAUGUACUGUGUUUGCAGUUGUUUAAGAUAAAACCUAUUUGGGGGGACGGACUACUUUUGCCAUUUUUAUGGCCAUUUAUAGUUUGUUUACAGAUGGUUACUAUGGUGAUAUUAUCUUGUGUGGAUUGCAGUAGCCAUUGUAUCACCACCCUGUUUAUUGUUUUAUGUGUAGCAUUAGCAGCCCAGUGACUGGUGCUGCAGUGGGUGCCCUGCUGGCAUGCUAACUCUACAUGCAAAUGGACUGAUUCGAUAGAGUGUGUUCAUACAUGAUAGGCAGUGUGCAUUGAAUGAUUUCAAGGAAAUGUGCUUUGCUAAUAACUGCAAUCAAGUCUGUUUUGGAUCUGGUUUUUCUGUGCAAGUAUAUUACAUCAAAAAAGAAACAUCAGAACUGAGCGUGCUCAGUUAAGAUCACUGUAAGCACUACAUAGUUUCCUUAUUAAGUGGGAAAAUCUCUAUAUUGUUUCUCAGAUUUGAAUUGUGCCUAAUCUAAAUGGAAUCACAAGUUAGCUAGCUUGCCACCCUUUGAGCUUUGUGACUUCUUGUAUCUCUCGACUGCAUUUCUUAUCUGGAUAAGGCUGUGACACUGUUUUUUAGUUAAACUCUCAAUAUUUAGAAAGUGAUUUUUAAAAUUAGCAAAACCUCCCACCGAUUUGCAGAAUUAUGUGGUUAGGAUUACUUUGUGAUGUGUGAAAAGUUUCCUGCAUAUGCUCAGGGACUUGUGCUUGGUUCCUAAAAGUUGCUAACCUGACUGGCUGCCAUCUGUCCUGCUAACCCCGAUCCUUAACUCUGUUCUGUUGGCUCUCUCUCUGCACAAGUUCUAAAAAUACCCUUCUUUACAUAGUUCUAGUACUGAGAAGAGACUGCAUCCUGGCACAAAUUAAGUCCUCGACCAAAAACACAGUUAUGGAAAAAUAUGUGGAAAAGUAUAGAAUGUUUAAUUAUAUUAAAAAUAUUAUCAGAUAAACAAUUUUUUCAAAAAUAAAUCUUUAACAUGCCAAAUUAUUGCAAUAUAUUACAACAUAUCCUAAAUGCAUUUUGACACAGAUAUCUUUAAUAGUGGCAUAAUACAAAAGGGGGGGGGACUAAGCAUAACUGUCCAAUAGAGCUUGGCUCUUGCAUAUGAGACUUCAAAGGAGGAGGACAGAGAUUAUUAACUUCGAAUUAAGUUUAAUAGCAAUUAACCUGGACAAACAAUUAUUCAUCAAAAUAGUCAUCACUGUUUCCAGGCCAAGAAAUAUAACCUCCUUUCUACAGAAUCAAAGCUUAGGGUAAGCAUGAAUAAGCUCUGUGUCAGAAUGUGUUUGGCUUAUGUUGCAAUAUAUUGCAGUUAUUUGACUUACUAGGGAUUUAUUGUUGAAGUAUUUAUGUGAUAGUUAAUUUACUGUAAUAAAAAUUCUGUACCUUUUUAAAAACACAUUUAACACAUUUUCCUGGACAAUGUUUUUGGGUGACUAAGUUUUGUGUUAAGGAUUAUUUUUAUCUUCAUUUGUCUGCAAUUUAAGCCAUGUCAAAGUCACUCUGUUACUUGAUACUAAAUACUGAUUUCGAUCUCUGCAAGAUAAGAGGAUAUGGGUACCUGGAAAUGUCAGUUCUGUAAAACCUUACUUUCAACACUUACUGUAAAUAGGGGUUAGUUUGUCGUAAGUGAUGGGGGAGGAAAACCUAUUGGGAGGAAGGGAAGAGGAAGGCACUGCUCCUUUGAUAUUAUUAACAAAAUAUUUUUCUCUUGUCAGUCCUACAGAGUGCCAGAAAAAAAAUUGUACAUGGUUGCUAAAAUUCUGAGAUUAUAAGCUUUUUUUAAAAAACAGCCUUAAAUUCUGGAUUGGGUUUUUUGCGUUACCCUUUCACAGUAAUCUCAGCUGUUUGAAGCCAUAUUGCAAAACAACAUUUUCCCCUUCUGGGUGCUAGAAAACAAUUUAAUAGGUGCCGUCAUGGGUGUCCACUGUGGGGGAAGGUCUCCCUCCUCGUGCACUACAAUCCACAUAUUCCAAGGUUUCAUUUUUAAAAAACAGUAAGUUUCUAGAAUUUGUAGAUCCUGAGAUAUGAAGCAAAUUGUGCAGGUGCUCUUCUUCGGUGUAGAUGGGGGUGACAAACUAUCCAUUCAUUGUUUUACUUCCUUCUCCCUCCACCCAUCCUUGCUCUGGAUAACUCAGGUGUGGAGAAAUGCUGUGUAUAUUUCUGUCUGUAUUUUUGCUUUGAAAACUUAUGUAAGCUCUGCUGGUGUCAGAGUAUAACUGUCAACAUUCAAAGGCCUUGUGCUGCAGGCUUGUACAGAUGGCGACCAUAUUGUGUGGGGUUUACGUUCCUGGCCCCCACGUGUGUUCCUGCUCUACCCUGUUCCACCCCCAUUCUGCCCUCUUCCAGAUCCCAAAGGACCCAUAAGCAGUUGCACGUCCAUUGGAUGUGCACAAAAUAGUCCCCGCCUGUUGCUGCUUGGUGAGAGAUGCAGAAAAGGGAGGGAGAAACUAUUGAGUUUAAUAUUUAUAAACAGGGUGUGAAUCAGGUAAAUUCAUUGUGAUUGGUCACAGAAAGAAAAAGACUGAUUGACUUGAGUUCUAAGUCAGUGAAGAAUGGGCAGCUAAAAAUAGUUGGAUGAGGAAGGUAUGAGGCAAAGACCAGAGAAAGCUGAAGACAAAUGAACAGUUGAGGCCUGAAUAUUAAUGUUAACUUUGCUGGUGCAGGUUCGUGGCUGCAUUAGGCUAAGAGGCUGCCCUGUGUAAAGGGCUUAUCAGAGGAAGGUGUAUGCCAUGAAGUGUGUACAUGUGCACAGGAAAGUGAGUUAGUGUUGUAUUGUGAAAAUGUUAUAAUGACUUUUCUUUUUAAAAAAACAUAUGUGUUGUGUUGUGGCCACCAUGUAUGUUUUUCCUGGUACCGGGGAAUGCUCCCUGUCAUUAUGAGACAGCAAGAGCAUCAUUGUAUGUAGUCGGCAAGCUUUUUUUAGGGCGCAGUGUGUAGAGGUUGGGUUAUCUUUGCAAAUAACAAUACUAGUAGCUGCAGCAAUGGUAAUUACAUUGGCUUUUCAAUAAGCUGACGCAGCAGCUCUUGGAAAUGUUAACUCAAUAAAACAUAUAAUGAGUGUACUGACUGCUGCGUUACACAAUUACUGAUAGGUUAACAAAAUUACUGAUGGAGGCUACCAUUCAUGGACACAACACUACUCCUUUUUGAAAAUUGUAGGAAUAGAGGAGUUUAUUGGAAGGUUAUCAAACAAAAAAAAUUUUUUACUCUGUGGUCCCUCUUCUGUAAACUAUGAUCCCCUGUCACCAGUGAACACAACACAGGAAAACAAUGUUUUCAAAAGGCAUUAGACAAAUAGUGGGGCAAAACUCUUAAUUUAGCCAGCAUCUACCCAGCUGCUUGGGGAGGUAAGGGGCUGUUCCAAAUUUGGACAUUUUGGCAGGGAUUGCAAAUCCCAUAGAUUCCCUGGAAACAGGCAAAAUACAGCUCUUUAAAAUGUAUUAAGUUGUUAAAGCAGCAUCUGAAUCCAAUUAAGUGAAUUAAGUAAUCACUCACAUGGUGCAUUACUAAUUGUGCACUUCAUAACAAGCCAUGGAAUACAUUUCCCCAUAUUUACAGGGAUUUUUUCUCCCUUGGCAUAUACGGUAACUAAUUUAACUGUUGCUUUCACUGCUAAGAGAUUUAGCAUGGCUAGAGUUACAAUGUAUUAUUAUUUAUUAGAUUUACAAAGGUGCCCAUCGAUAAAAGAUUUCCUGGGUAGCUUACAAAAAAAAUUGAAAACACAAUACACAAUAAUAAUUAAAAAUAGACAAUUGCAUAGAAGCAGCAAUCCAGAUUUUUUUAAAACAACAACAACAAUGCCCAGCUAUAAAGAUUGGAUGGAUAUAAAGGUUUUAAUGGGGCACCAAAAAGAUCAUAAAGAAAGCACCAGGUGAGUCUUUCUGGAGAGACUGAUUCAUAGGUGUCUGUAUAUCACUAUAUAUUUAGUGAGCAAAGAGAUGCCUUCAAUAUCUAUGCUGAGGCUGCCUCAAAUGGGCCAGUUUGGGACUUAAUGGCAUUCAUGAGAUGGUCUCAGUACAACACAUGUAAGUGGCUAAGUAAACCCCUCUAAAGAACCAAUAUCCUUGCUCCUAAACUGGAAGCAGUUAUAAACAUCAGCAUAUUGUCAUAAAUGGAAAUUUUAAAUUGUUCUCUGUCACUUGGGGGGUUGGGGACACUUUAACUUAUGGAUAGCCAAAACCAAACGUUUAGCAUUAGUAACCAAUGUAGGUAAGUAACCAACCAAUGAUCUCAUAAUAUGCUAUCAGAAGCUGUAUACAUUGGUUUUGUGCCUAUAGGGGACAGAGUGAUGUUACUUGAAAUCUCAUGUUAACCAAUUUUUUUAUUUCCUUUUUAGGUGGGAAGUUGCUUAUUGCACCACUGAUACUGGUUUUGGGACUGGUAAUAGGAGCCAUAGCUGUUAUCAUAGGUAAGAACAAAAUGCUAUAAACAGUAUGAGGUAGCAUUUUGAAGUAAGGAACAUAUCCAUUUCAAUGAUAACUGUUGUCAGAGGGGCAAUGAGCAGAAAUGGGGCAAUUUGUGGGAAAUUGUUUGGAGGUAACUUGUGUACGUGGAGCUCCCGCUCACAGAAUUUUCUAUUCUUCUUCUUACCUCAGCGUCCCCACCAUAGCUCACCUCAUUAAAUAGCUCACCUAUAAACCUCUGAUCCUUUUUGGAGAGACAAGACCAGGGAAACAAGAGGGUGAGGAAGUCACCCUCCACCCAACACCUUCUGCAGGCAGAUCUCUGGUUCCAUCACAAUUAAUACAUUGUGCAUAAUGAAACCACCAGCAGUGGUUAAAACAAUUAAAGAACAAUCCAAACUAAAAAUUUCAGAAGGGCAUAAUGUUUAAAAUAAAUUUCCACACCACAGAUAACAGAGUUUUAAAAGCUGGUAGGAAUUUUAGAAGAUAUUUAUUAUUAUUUAUUAAAUAUCCAUAGCACCCUCCAUCCAAAGAUAACAGAGCAGUUUACAAUAUAAAAAAUACAUACCAUAAUUACAAACAAAAACAAGCAUUAUUAUUAUUUACUAAGCGUCUGAAAACCAGAAGACAUCUGGCUGAUCUGCAGAAGGCCCUGAUUUGUACUUUCCUGCCUUAUGUAUGGAUAGAACAGUCAGCAGGCCCUGAAGGGUCAGCUGGGCAGGUUUGUGUGAGAACAAAUGGUUCCGUACAUUUAACUGAGUAUAGACAAAUGGAUGAGGUUUUGCUGAUUAGAUACCUUAAUAUGCCUGAAAUGUGCACACUGCUCCCACAUCUCUAGUCAAUGCCUUACAAUUAUGGUUACAACAAUCCGCUUCAAAAGUGGAAUUCCCUAAAUAACUGUGGUGCAAAUGUGCCCCAAAACAUCCAAUCCUACUUCCUUCCAGGUACCUUUGCCAGUGAUUGGUGUUACAGAACGUAGACAUGUGUGAUAUCAGAGGCAGAUUUGGUCCUUCAAAUUUUGACCUUUUUGAGGCCGAAAUUCAGCAGCCUCCCCUCCUCUCAUUUUUGGUUCUGCUCAAUUCACUGCAUCAUAGUUGUGACCCAGUGUGGCAGAAGUGGUUGUGCUGCCCUAAACACGCCUCUGGUGAUAUGCCUCUAAAAGCAUAAAAUUAUAUUAAGCCUCUUGAUUUCCUGGUGGUCUAGUGAAAAGAAUUCCUUGCUCUCACAGCCGCAGCCCAUGUUCUAUUCCCAGUCAGAGGGAAGUAGUGCUUUAGGACAAGUUAUCUAGUCACAGAGCAUCUGUUUUUCAUGUAAAACAUCCCAGAUUCAGUCCCAGCAUCUCGAGAUAGGGGUGGAAAAUCUUCUUUCAGAGAGCCUGGAGACCUGCGGCCAAUAAAUGUAGAUACUAGUGAGCCAAAUGGUCUGAGUCAGCAUAAGGUAGCUUCCUGUGUCCUUGUGUUUUGUGUUUGUAGAGUUUCAUAUAUGCUGGAAUUAAAAGAUCAGCUAGGUUUUUUUAAUUGCUUUGAGUUAGGCUUGCAAGAAAAGGGCAAGUACUAUGUGAGAUGCAGGAACAUCCAGACAGCUUAGAACAUUAAAGUUCUAGCUUACAUUCACGAACUCUUUUGUUUUAAAAUACUUUUCAGAACUGCAUUUUCACAUUUUUUUGUCUAACAAAGCUAAUUCAAGUAAACUGAUUUUUGUUAUUAUUGAUAAACCAACUAAAAUCUCAGCUACUUCAAAUUAUAUGGCUGCUUUUGAUGCAGAGUGACUGCUUCUUAUAUCCGAUUUGAAUGGGCAUUCUGAAAAAAAGUUAGCACUAACAAUAUCAUUGGAAAUAAGGCAAAUUCUAUGUUUGCUACCUUACAGUAGGCUUCUUCUCUUCACUUGGCUGAUAGAAACCCAGGAUGCAUUUGUUUCUAUUCAGUGAACUGUGUACAGCUGAUAUAUAUAUAUUAACAUUCUAUAUUUUCCUUUGGUUUUGGCAGGUUUAUUUGUGUUCCCUAUCUAUUGCCUUUGUAAAAAGAAGAGGAAAAGGCCACGAACAGAAAUGCCCUGGUAUGAGUGAGCCAUUAUAUAUCUGAAAGGAGCCAGUCCUGCAAGAAUUGUGGAAAACAUGUUCAGCACGCUGUGCUAGUUAACUAUCCUGGCAGAAAAUUCAGGGGCAACUGCCAUAUAUUGUCUGCACUGUACACUACUAAAGACAGACCAGAUUGCUUCCCUGCUCUGCUACUUCAGACAAAAUGGAGGCCUCUCGAUUUUUAAAGGUUUUUUUUAAUCCCUCUCCCAAAAAUUACUUUGUUGGACAGCCUACAUCUGCACUGUAGCUACACAUCUACUGAUUGGCCCACGAAAAGAGUAUUUAAUUUGGCAACCUCUUCCCCAUCCCAAGUCACUGGCGUAACUCCCAGGUGGCCUUCCAGAUGGUGUUUUCAGUGGACUUGUUUGUUUCAGAGGCUGGCUUCAUAUGUAGAAGUGGUUAUUCUUUCUAACAUCAUUGGCAUAGUGAUAGGUGCUGAAUUCAGUAGCUCCUUAUUUUGUAUAUGCAACUUUGCCCUAAAUACUGAAUCAUGUGUGUGCUAAUAGCUACUGUAGAACCUUAUAGGGAAUUUGGUGGGGAAUGAUUGGAACAGUAUCUAGUCCAAUUAAAGCAACGGAGAGAUUUGUCUUGGUUAUUUGGGAGAGCAUUGUGUCAUUUUCAGUGUUUUUGACCUGUGCAAGCUGUUUAGCAAGGCUUAAAAUGUUCACGCCAUUAACUUCCAUCAAAUACACUGAAUUAAGUUAGGUGUCAAAGCCUGCCUUUUAUGGUUGUUUCUGGAGUCUGACUAAAGGCAUUGUGGCACAUAUACACACUACAGACCAGAAGCAUGUUCAUAUCUGAACAUGCAACAGCAACUAAGAAUGUGGCCAAAACUAAGGCAAAUGCAAGAAAAGAAACAAAAAAUGUAACUACUGGAGCAUAUUUCAGAAUGUUUAGCACUAUCUAGCUGGGGAAAUAGCAAUUUGUUCUGAAGCAGUCCAGAAGUGCACUGUUUUUCUAGCCGGCACCAGUACAUGCCUAAAGUGAGUAGGCAUUUCUAGGUUUUUCCUAGGAAGAUACAUUCAGGACAGCUUCAUAACACAAGGUCACUUAAGACUAAGGAUCUGUUCGUGUCCUUCUUACUGUUAGGCUCAGGUCUGGAGCAGUGCACCAAUGUAAAUUAUAUGUCUGUCCUGGUUUGCCUGAUUUCCAUAGUUCUUCCCCAAAGGUUUGGGAGUAUUAUCAAUAUUAGGUGAAUCACACACCCAUUUGUAGGUGUAUUAAUCUAACCCACACAUUAAAUUAUUUGUGUGGAGUUCGACAUGUAUAUUUCCAAAGGUCCAGGCCUUCUUGCCUACUAAGAGAAAGGACAUGAAUUUAUGAAUUGUCCCAUUUGUAUUGCACACUAGCAGUUAAAUUAAAAUGUCACCUGUGAAGUGUUAUGCGUUUUAAACAAUGAAUAAAUUCAGUAAAAAUUAGUGCUAUCUUUUUUUGAGUUCAGGAUCAGGUACCUCACAGUCUUAUUUAUAUGUUCUUUUUUUAAAAAAAAUGAUACUUUUUGUUGAACUCAACAUGUGAGGGACGUGCAGCCCAUUGAUUUUAAAGUUAAGAAUAAGGAUAAUUAAGGAAGGGCUUAAAGAAAUUAUACUGUUCUGUUACGUUAGCAAAAGAGAAUAUCAGAGAAAGGAAAACCAUGCAAUCCAUUAUAUAACGAUGGACUGUAUUGUAAGGUGCCUUUCUAAGCUCAGAAUAAGUCCUUUGGGGAAUGGAAGGGCACUUUGAUCAAGCAAAAGUUCCCAUUAACAGGAGGGAGAAAGUGAAUUUUGCUUUUACCUUCCUGUCUCUGCAGUCCCUCUCACUAUCUGCCAUGCUGUUCUGAAGGCUGCUUAUAGAAUCCUAGGAUCCAACCUAGACACAGAAUUAUAAUCUGCUGAAGUUUCUUGUUAUCUUCAAGGUUCUGUUACUCAACAGAGUAGUGAAGUAUUUGAAAGUCCUAUGUUCUGUUGUAAGGGCAAUAGACUCCACAAAAUAUAUAAAAGGCAACAUACAGUUAUUCGGAGCAUAUUGUACAUUAAAAUAUUACAGCACUUCAUUGCUGUAGGAGUUUGGUGAUAGUACAAAAUGCAACCCAAUGAAUAUGUAUUAAUUGCUGGACCAUAAAGCCUCAUCUGAAAUUGGUAGUAGAUGCUACUUAUCUGGCAAUAUGUCUCUGCCUUAUGUUUCAUUUUCAUCUGCUAGCAUCAGUCAUCUUGCAACUGAAAGUCUUUAACAAUAUCCAAAUUUACCACCUUUUCAUCCACUAAAAUUAGAUUGAUUUUAGUGGAUUAUGAAACCUGGCUUACUAGAGAAAUGAAUUAGAAUGCAAACAUUUCAGAGAGAAAUUAUUUUUGGUAAAUUAAUAUACACUAUGCUGUUUCAAAUAUUUUGAGCUUGCUUAAUGUUUCUCCUUUUUUUGUGUUGUCUCAGAGUUGACUGCUGCCUUAAACUUUUUAAAAGAUUGUAUAUGUUUACCUAGCCCCAAAUUGCAUUUUCUCAGGCCAAACUUGUGCAUUUUCUUUGGUUUACUCAGGGAUUUCAGUCCUUCAUUAAAAUGUCAAAUACUCUUAUGAAAAAAAGCUUUUCUAAUAUUUAGAAAACAUUCAAACAUAUUGAUUAUAUAAUGAGAUUUGGUGUUUGUAGUACAGGAUGCAUUAAAGCAAUCUUGAGGCCUCUGUUUGAUUUUAACAUAAUUCAUGUACUACUUGAGCUUUCUUCUAUGUUUGAUUUUUGUUCUCUACUCAUUUAAAAUAUAGCCCUUACAUGAUCCAGGAAUUUUCAUGUGCAGCAGCAAGUUCUGUGCAAGAAUUUUUCUGCUACAACUAUUGGCUCUAGAGACAGGAAGUGCUCUCAAGUCUUGACAGAGAUAGUCACUUGCUUGGAAACGACUGGUCUCUCUCACACACAUACAUACAUGUGAUCAGCAGGGGAUUUGAACCAUCAUGGCCAACUAUUAUUUCAGUAGCUUGUGAAGGAUACAGGAAUGCCACAUGAUAUUUCUGGGUGGGUGCAGAUUUUCUUGUCUAGACAAUACUUUUGUGUCCACAUGGGACCACAUUCUGAAGCACUCUUGCUCAUGAAAGCUUACUUUUGUAAGUGGGUGUAAUCCCAUAGGUGUUGCUCCAUUGACAGAAGGCACCCUUCAGCAGAAUGAGGAGGGAGGCAAUUCCUCCUCCACUGCUGAUAUCUCUUGUCUUGAAAUGGUUUAUAAUACUAAGAUAAGUGAAAGUGAAAGGCAUGUGUAUAUGUUAUCUAUAUAAGGGUAAUUUAAAGUUAUUUAUAGAAGCAACUCUUUCCCACAAAGAUACAAAAAUAGCUACACAGACACAAAGGCAUGACAUUUUAAUACUUAGAUGAAACGUGUAUCAAUAAAACCCUGUGGUUAUGCAGAUUUAGUUCACUGAGUAUUUAAGUGUAACCUCAAGAUGUUGAUUUUAUAUUCAGUUUUAUAUUAACUUGCCUUUUCCAAAAAUGGAGCAUUAGCAAUUAUCAUACAAGAAAGGAAGAGGUGCAGUAGAAUACUGGUUUGCUGACCCCUUUUGUAAGGCUAUUUUCUUGAAUAAUUAUCCCAAAGGGUUAUUUUUUAAUUUCCUUUAACAAUACUUAAACAAACAUACUCAUUUAGCAACCAUUGGAAUGACUGCUGAUUCACUAUGUAGUUAAAAUUGGGUGAAAUCAUAUUGUUUAAAAAUCUGUUUUGCUGAACAGUUUCAGAAAGACUGUUCUGUGGUAAAACUGUUCAAGACAUUCUUUGAUUUGUUUUAUGCAAUUUGUAUCCUGCUCUGUGAUUAUUAUCUGUUGCUUUUAAAUUGGAGUAACUUGAUCUCAGUUACAAUGAAAUACGUCCCUAUGCCUCUGACCAUAGCUCACACACAGUAAGGGAAUAUUGCCUAUUUUCUCUCUCUCCAAUGCUUUAAAAGAAAAAAAGUAUAAUAUACCUUAUCAGAAUGAAAAAGAAUUGAAAUUGUCUAUUUGGGGGACAGAACCUCCAUUGCUUUUAUUAGUUUAACAGUAAAUACAAGACUGGAUGAUUUGUUCUAAAGUAGAGCAUCUAUAAAGUAUUUUAUUAUCCAGAUUGCUACACACUGCAUAUUCCAGUUUCAGAAGGUUGACAAUUUUUCAAUGUAUUCAGACAUUGCCAAGUAAAGAUAGUUGUAUUUGCAAUGCAAGUAGGUGUAAACUAUAGGUUGCAAUAGAUUGCCAUUUUGGUCUUGACUACUGACAUUCAGCCUGGAUUUAAUUUCAGUAAAUAGGUAGCUGUUCUCUGGUUGUAAGAAAUUCGUGCAAUGCUUUUGGAAAUGGGCACAAGAAAAAUGCUUAGAUAUUGAUUCUUACUAUUAGCGCAAUUUUUCUAAAUCCUUUCAGGGUAAUAUUUUUUUAUGCAUUGGCUGCUUUAAUAAUGGGUGGUUGUAAUCACUUUAAGAAUGCUGUUUCUCAUUGUGGUAAAAUCUUUGCCAAGACAUGCCAUGAAUUUAUUUAUAAGAAACAUAAAUACAAUAUCUAUCCCAGAGCAAAAGAAAACUCAUCUUAGCUAAGCCAAUAUUUCUCAUCUUCUUUUUUAAAAGAACAAUUUUUACACAAAGCUGCCCCAAAAUUGUUAAAGUAAUUCUGUGAGUACAAGUGAGGUGACCUUCUGUUUUAAAUGAUAUACUUUUAUGUUUGCCACUUUUCCUCGCAUCCCAGACAUUCCAGUCUAGCAAGGAAGAUUCAUGCCUGAAAUAAUGCUUCUAUUUAUGUCUGGAUGGGACCCCAUACUGUCAAAAAAUGCUGUGUGUGGAGACAAAGUUCUGGAUUAAACCACACAUGUGCACUCUGGCAGGUUAGCCAGUACUGUUUAAGUUUUUGUAUGUAUUUAAUUCUGGAUACCCUUUCUUAACAACAGGUGAUUAGAAGCUGUCAUUGCUAACCAUAUGUCUCUGGGAAGAUCUUGAAGGACACCUUUUUGUGUUGCAGUGAGAUCUUUGGUUCAGGGCUAGAGCUAGGGUUAGAGUUUCAUAAAGUGUAGGAUACUUAAUAUUUACUGAAAAUCUUGAAUGUUCACCUGCAAUUGCAGUCAUAGCCAGAAGUUUCGAGAACAAAGAAGUGAACUUGUGUGCUAUUUUGUGUGCCAUCCUUCAUAAAAUGAUUUAAUGCAUUGCCAAUUGUAUGUGGUGCCCUCACAAUCUCAAGUUUUCUGUUUCUGUAAAGUUUUUAAAGAAAUUGUACAUAACCCUUGAUUAUGUGUGAAGGAUUUUUUUUUAAUUAAAAUAUAUUGGGACAUAGUAAAACUUCAGCUGCAACUGUUGUACUUUUGAGUUUUCCAUGGGAUUUAUUGGAUUAUAUAAUAGAAUAAGGACAAUAGAAGUUACUUCUGAGAGACUGGUCUUUCAGUUUGGUAGACUGAUUGAUGCAAAAUGAAGAUCAAAUGGUAUAAUUCCUGUGGUAAAAGCUAAAUAAAUUUAAAAAAACACUUGCUUUUCUUUGUUUUGGCAUCAAUGCCUUCAUUUUUCUUGUGCUAUCACCUAUAUCAGCUUGUAUUACAGCUGUGGUUCCCAAACAUUUUCCACCAUUUGAAAAUUUAAUUUUCUGCACAUGCACUGUGCUAGAUGCUGUAUGGUUUUUAUUUGUAUUCCCAUUAUUUUUAUUCCUUGUGUUUUGUAUUUACAAUUUGAAUUCCACAUAAUUGUAAUACAAUGAAAUACAGUAUACAAAACAAAAGAAGCAAUAAAAUGCAGUUAGAAAUCAAUAGGAAUAUUUAAUGUGAUGGAUAUACCAUCUCCCAUAUUGAACCACAAAUUCACAGAUGUGCCAUGGACCACCUGUGGGUGGCAGACCAGUUUGGAAAUUCUGUGUUACAGAAUUAAUUUCAGUGACUUGGAUCCAGAGUGCUCAAUGCACAGAAACCAGUGGAGGCUGACUGCAGCCUGUCCUUUCCCUGCAACAGUGCAGCACCCUGUAUUACCUUAAAAGCUCUCCUGCAGUGUUCCCAAACUCAGGAGUAGCUUAUUCUGAGGUAUGAAGGCAGGAAAACCCUGAUGCACUUCAGCCAGUGACCUGUGGGGUGGGCAUAAUGUAAAUAUUCUUCUCAAAAUAAACAUAAAACUUGGAUUUAGAUUUGCAGAAAAGCCAUCCACAAAUACAGAAUUCUGCUAGAGUACAUGUAAAGUUAUGAACGGAAGAAUCAUGUUAGUUAAAUAAUCCAGGUGAUUAGAAUUCAAAAUUUAAGCCUGCUGAAAAAUAUUUUUCUCUUACAUGUGAGUAGUCAUCUUCUGACAUGCAUAUGCCUGUGUUUAUGUAUGUAAAUGGCAUAUAUGAACUGAUUAAUACGUGGAAAUAUUGUAUGUGAAUGUCAGGUUUGCCAUUGUGGGGGCACUUUCCCAAGAAUUAUAGCUGUUCCACACAUUAGCAUUUUGGUUUUCAAGAAGGGUGGGCAGGGACAGUUUUCAAUGUAGAGGAGAUGUGAGCCAGCCAUAUAGUAAAAAGAGAAGUUGCUAAAUGAUUAUGCCAGUAGCUGAUACUUGAAAACACUCCACAAAAAGCCAAAUAAGUGGGUACACCUGCUUAGUCAGUGUUUGCUUCCUACUUCAAUUACCGGUAAAUGUUUUAUAGCAUGACACACAUACAUUUAAAAAUAUGUUCAUGCCUUGCAGAUCAACUCAAUUGAACAUCUGUGUAGAACUUUGUAUUAACUUGACUUUUCCAUCCAUCCUGGUAAAGGACCAAAACUAUGUGAAAACAAGUUUUGCUCAUUUAAAUAGGAAGCAAUUAUUUGCUCAGAAAGGGGAAGAGUAAAAUAAGGUAUGGCGCGGGAUGGUUGUGAUAAAUAAAAUAUUAAUUCCCCUCCCUUCCAGAGCUACAUUCAUUUCCAAUGUGAAUAUGAUACUAAGUUUUAAAAUGUAGCUUUUAGAUUGAAAAGUACAUUCUCAGAUUAAACAGUCAAUUGAAUGGAUUUAAAACUGCUUUUUACUGCACUGCUUUAGUCUUGUUACCUUGUUACUUUUAUACAAUUUAUCUGUAAUUCUUGUAGCAUUUUGACACUUCAUGACAAAAAGUUGUUGUGCAAAGUCAUUCCCUCUACCUAAAUAACCAUUUCAAUAUUUCAAACUAUUUUUUUUACCUCUGUGUGCGACUUCAAGCAAACAGAUCUACAACUUAGUAUGCGAUAUCUAAUUUUUUUAGUACAAAAUAUACCCCAGUCCUCUCACCAAGCUUAUUUCACUGAGGCAAUUGUUCAUACAAUCCAAAGUGAGGAUUCUGGCAUUACAAAACACAAACUGCUCCUUGUAGCAAUGGUUUGGCCAUGGACCAUUGUACUAGCAAUCUUCUUCCUACAGUGGUACCUUGGGUUACAUAUGCUUCAGGUUACAUACGCUUCAGGUUACAGACUCUGCUAACCCAGAAAUAGUACCUCGGGUUAAGAACUUUGCUUCAGGAUGAGAACAGAAAUCGUGCUCCAGUGGCGCGGCAGCAGCAGGAGGCCCCAUUAGCUUCAGGUUAAGAACGGACCUCGGAAACGAAUUAAGUAUGUAACCAGAGGUACCACUGUAUAUAAUAAUACACGGCUCAGUUUUAAAAAAUAUUUGGUUCCUCUCCAUUUUCAUAAGAAACACCUUUCUGGAUUGCAUGAUAGGUCCAUCUAGUCUGGUCUCCAACAGCAUUUAGCUUUGCAAGCUCACAGGCAGGGCUUGAACAUCAUGGUCAUUUCUUGUUGGUUGUCCCAGGUAAUACAACAUUUGUAAAUGGAGGUUCCAUUUACCUAUUUAUGGUUGAUAUCAGUGGAACAGCCAUUUGAUCUUGAAAACAAUGUUUUGUUUGUGGUGGUUUAGAUUAAAGUUUCAAAGUACUUAAGUAGCAAUACGUUUCUUAUACACGUUAUAUCUGUGUAGGAGCUUGGCAAACAACAACAAAAAAUCCAGUAGCAUACUCAAGGCAAUAUUUUCCCAGCACCUUCCUAAACAACUAGGCUGCUAAUGUUCAUUUUGUACAUCAUGUUGGCUUUAACUUGCAUCAAAAACACUUUGUAACAUAUGCCUGGCCUUGUUAAGCGAGUGCCUUUUGUUUCAAGAUGGCCUAAACACUGUCUUUUGUUGGUGCAGAAUGUUCUAGUACUGUUUAAAUAUGUCCUGGCACAUGGAUCUAAUAUCGUCAUUAGAUAAUACACGGGUUGUAUGUGCACAUGUAUACAAAACUUAGAACACAAGGAAUAGCAUUCUCUUGCUGUAUGUCCUGCUGGACAGGACCUUUUGAAAUUAAAUGAAGUUUCAACUGUUUUGAAAAUUGGUUACCUUGCUGCUGAUAAUUUAUUAUUGUUAUGUACUACAUUUCCACUCUGAAAACCUCUUUAUGAUAAGCAGUUUCAGAAUAAAGUGUUGCCACAUGAAGAUCAGAAGCUGCUGGUAAAAUUGAUAAUCCAAUGCUUGAGAAAGCAUUCCAUUUAAUGUUUUUAUUAACGGUGGUUUGUGAUAAAGAUGAAAGGAAAUGGGACCAUAAUGACACUAGAAAUUGUGUAAAAAAAAUAAAAUAUGAAUUUGACCCAAAAACUGUAAUCUUCCGGGUGUUUAGUGUCUAGAGUUUGCAAAUAUAUUUAUAGUGGAUUUUUUUUUAUUUGCACGCUAUUGGAUUAAGGUAUCUCCUAGAAAACAUUGAGCUAAUAAAGUUUUGAAGGAAAAAAAAAUAUUGUCUUGAUUUUUCAUUGGGUUAAUUUUAUUAUAGCAGUAUUACUCUAUAUAUUGUAAGCCACCUGAUGGACUUGCCUGGAAAAAAACAGCAUAUAAAUAUGAGCCUGGCUGUAGAAUUAUAAUAUCCUUAUAGGUAAGUAGUACUCGGAGGCAGGUGUAAAUAUUCCCAGGUUUGCUUAGAUCUCCUGCCCUAAACCAACCACUGUUCUAAUCCUUUUUCUGCAGCACCUAGUAAGCAUCGCCUACGGGUUAAUCAUAAUUCUUAGUUAUUUUCCAUCCCGCCAGGAGACCCCCAGGGCACGUUGCAAUCUGCACUUGUCCACCUGUAGA